GUCCUCUGUCCGGCUACUGCGCAAGCGCAGUCUGUGGGGCUGGCAGUUGGUCCAAGGUUUGGGGGCAGAGGGAGAGUGACAGGGAGGCUCCGUCAUCAUCCGCUGCGGCCUCUGAUGGGCGACUCGGGUUAUCGGCUAAUACCGGGAGCCUUGGGUACAUCUCUGGUGUCUGGAGCGAAUCAUAAAGCAGCCGGGAAGAUGCCGGUAAGGGUCUCUGGGGUGAGUCCUCGCCUUGUUGCUAGGGGCGGAGAGCUGGCUGUCAUUGAUUCCCCCAUUCAUCCUCAUGUUAUAGCACUGAGCUCAGCAGCUCUGCCGCCUCGGGCUGGCCUUACAGCAGAACUGUCCAUGGUGAGCUUUAUGGACCAGCCACAGUAGAGUAUUCUGCAGAUUGUGCUAUUUGUAUAUUAAAGGAAUACUCACAGGCACCGUAACCACUACAUGACUAUGUUGUGGUUAUGGUGCCAGGAGUCCCCUGGCUCCCUCCAUGUGUCACAGAUGUAUUCCUAACACUAACGUGUUCCUCAGCCCCGGGGGACCCUCCUGCAGCAUUGUAAAGGGUUAAAUACAUUCACUUACCCAAUUCCAGCGCUGAGGUCCCUUGGCACUGUGUCGCAGUUCGCCUCAUCCGAAAGAGGGACCUAAUGCGCAGUGAGCUCUGCACACCCACUAAACCUUCCUCAUAGGAAUGCAUUUCUUCAAUGCGUUCCUCUGGGGUUUCCUCUGACGCUGGACGUCUUCCUUCAGAGAGUGAAGAUGUCCAGUGUCGUUUCAUGGAGUCAAACUCUGUGAUACUCCAGGAAGCUCCUGUAGUGGCUGCCUGGUAGAUGUCUUCUGGAGGCAGUCUUAGUACUCCAUUGUAAAUAUUGCAUUUUCUCUUAAACUGCAGUGUUUUACAUUGCAGCACUAAAGGGGACGGGGGACAGGGAACCCAAACCACUUCAAUGAGAUGAAGUGGGCAGGGUUCCUAUAGUGUCCCUUUAAACUUCCUUUAUGGCACGAUCUGUUUAAUUUAGAAUUUAUCUCCUGCUCUGUUAAUAGUCUGCUAGAGCCUGCAGAGCCUCGUGUGUGUGUGUGUGUGUGUGAUGUAGAGUUCAAUUUACAGAGUAGGAGAUAAGUAUGUCUAAAGUGAGUUAACAGCUGAAAAUGUAAGCCAUUUGGUUUUAUCAUAGAGGCUGUGUGAGUCACAGCUGUGGGAGACUUAAUACACAAAAAUAAACAUUAUUUUAAUUGAGCAGUUAGACAUCAGGAGCAUGAUCUAUACACAAAAACUGCCUUAUUAAGCUAAUGUUGUUUUGGUGACUAUAAUGUUAUUUUAAAACUAUGACCUCACGCUUGCUCCAUCUAAGAAAGGAUAUGCCCAAUGAUAUUUUCAUGUGCAAAAGUAGGCACAUUAUGUGAUCAUCUGAUUUUAAAAUAGAUAAAUUUUACUCUUCUGUCUACUGAAGCAUCUCUAGUGGAUGUCAGUGUGACAGUGCAAUGUAAACAGAACAACAAUGUUUCAGGGUUAAAACUACAGGGACAUGACACUCAGACCAUUUGAUUUAAGAUGAAGUGGUCUGGGCGCCUAUAGUGUAUCUUUUAAUAGGUGGUCAUUAUUUCACAUUGAUGGCCUAGCAUUAUUGGAAACAUAAAGCUGCUGUGUCAGAGCAUACACUUUUUUUAUUUAUUUAUUUAUUUUUUUAAAUAAAACAGACAACGAAGCAAAAUAAUACAUUUUAACAUGAGUGGAUGAGCAUCAUAGGAAAACAUCAACAAAACCUGUACUGAUAAAUAUACCCAUAUGGGAAUUUUUUUAAUAGGGGAUUUGUUUUGAAAAAGCACAAACUAUGCUUUGUCAGCACUGUGUAGCUGUUUGUUUUAUAAGACUAGGGUGGUACGGAGAAUGGGCUGGACUCCUCUAUGUCGUCUUAUGUUACCUGUAAGUUGUGUUGUCUUUAUUGUAAAAAUAUCCUUAAAUAAAAAUGUAAUAAGACUUUGCUUUCUGAUGUUUAUGUUGAUUGUUUAGAACAGAGCUGUCUUUGAUGGCUGAAAGGGAGCUAUGUCUGUUAGUAAUGAGUCACAUUUUAUGGUUGGUAUCGUUGAUAGUUGAUGUUGCAGGGGCACUGUCUUUAUUAAGUAGACUUAAUGCAUAUUAAGAUUACCUUAAGAGAUUCUUUAUGAUUUUAUAUUGUAGCAGGUGCUGUGUUCUGUAAAUUGUGUUGUGUUCCUGGCCCAUAGACUCUGAAUGGAUUAGACAUAUUGCUACUUUUUAACAACAGAACUUACAAAAAGAAUGUAAAGAUGUAUAUACUAUUACGAUAAAAUCGUGAGUCUGUGCUCCGAUAAUGAAUAGGCAGAAGAGGGUAUUGUCACUAAAUCACUGUUCUAAAAAAGAAAAAUAAUAAUAAUUUUAGGAACUAGAAUUAGUUCAUAGGGUCAGAUUGCCCUUAUUUGGUCAGCAUAUUGAAAGGAGUCUUGUUAUCCAAACUAAAGAGGAACUAACAUAUUAGUGUGGAAAAUGAUAUUUCUCUUACUCAUCCCAGUAGAUACCCGUUUAAAAAUAUGGUUUUGGCAUGGUUCCUGGAGUGAUAGUUGUUGACUGUUUUACCAAGAUGCACUUUGCUUCUGUACCACAGCAGGUAAUAUGCAAAGCUCUUGAUAGUCAUGUGAUGUGAAUUCUUCUCUUACUCAUCCCAGUAGUUGGUUGUUGUAGUAUAAAAAGGUUACCAGAAAAGACACCUAGUAAAAUAGAGUAAGUAGUAACAUAUACAGUGUAAAGUUUAAAGGGACACUAAACACCAACACCACUCCAUCGUGUGUGUGUGUGUGUGUCUAUUCCCCCUCGCUCUGGCUUACCCUGGAAAAUGAAAGGGGAAUCUUGAUCCCUGGUGGGUGCGGUAUCUAGAUGCAGAGUGCACACUCCAGCCUGUUCAUAGUAAAGUAUCAGUUUGUUGCUAGAGUAACACACAGCAAUUUGUCUAAUACAUUUCUGGUUCCAAAGUUAGUGCCAUCUAUAUGAUUGUUGGCAGGCUGGCCAGGGAGAUCUGGUUCCCCAAUGGCCGCAUAGCUCGGUCUCAGAGCUGGGGAUCAGGCAGCUGGUGCCCUGCAGGAACUGGCUAGAAAAAGCCUUUCAUCUCCCCUGCUGACCUCUACCUAUGGCCAUCGUGGACCCACUGGGCAUUUCCCCAAUGGGCAGCGUGGGCCUGGUGUCACGGCUCUCUGGUUGAAAAUAACUGCACUGAAAUAUAAAUUGUUACAAUAUCAAAGUUUAAUUCAAAGUAAAUGUGAAAUAUUAGACCAAAAUAUUAAUAUAAGGGAAAAUCCUCAACUGCUAUGUUUUUGGUUGGGCUUUUUAGGUCUAAAAUGUGAAGUUUGCUUUUAUGUCCUGACAAUUAAGUGAGUAACCAUUUAAAUUUACAAAGAACACCAUAAACUGACUAUAAUUUAAGUGGAGUUAAUCGCUAAAAACACAUUGAAGUAACGAACCUGUUGAUUUAAGUGUUUUUAUUUUGUUUCACAGAUCAACAAAACAGACAAGCCGGAGUCCAGCGAUAAUGUCAAAGUUGUGGUUCGAUGUCGUCCCUUAAAUGAGCGUGAAAAAGCCAUGAACAGCAAGAUGGCAGUAAAUGUGGAUGAAAUUAGAGGAACUAUUGCUGUUCAUAAAGUAGACUCCAUGAAUGAACCUCCAAAGACUUUCACAUUUGACACAGUUUUUGGACCGGAUAGUAAACAGCUGGAUGUGUACAACUUAACAGCCAGGCCUAUAAUCGAUUCCGUACUGGAAGGCUAUAAUGGUAUGCAUGCUAAUUUAAACAGAACUAAUUGCUACUGAAUUAAUUUGAUAGAUUUAGAAGUGAAUAUGUUGCUGUUUCAUUACUAAACCGUGAAUUGUAGUUAAUCAAAAACCAGACUGCCAAAAUAGUCACAUUGUAAAAAAUUCCUUUUUGCCACAGAGCAGGCAUUAGGCUGUUAGAUUAGGACCUGCCAAAAAUGGGGUACAUUGACAUUGUGGCAGGCUCAUUCAAUAUAUGAUUAUAUAAUGUAACUAAGCCAUCAUAAUGUUUUGCCAAGCUGAGGUGAUUUAAAUAAAACUAUUACUUUAUGUGAGACUUGAAAUUGCUGUUUAGUGAAUGACCGAGUGCGUUGGAUCUGGUAUGUUAUAUAUUUAGAAAUUUAGCCUAUUAGCCUGAUUUUUGUGAUUGAUUUUUCAGCUCAUCAUUUUUUCCAUUUAUAAAAAUCUCUACAGACUUUUAAAUGAACAGUGAACCUGAAAAAUAUAUUGGCGUAAUUUAAUUUCUCACAUUCUAUUUUGUUUUAGAUUUUCUUUAUAUUAAAUAUGUUUCAUAUAUAAAUAUUUGACAUAAAAUAAGAGCCCAAUUUCUCCUGAACAAAAUGAUAUAUAAUAGGUGUGGGUGCACUUAAAGCAGCACUGUCAUGCCGAACUUACCUUUCCUCAAUCUCUUCCUCUUCUCCCCCUCUCUCAGGAUCUGUUCUUCUUUAGAAUCAUAAGACAAAGUAGGGACUAUUUGCCUUAUGGAGGAUUCCUCCGCUUGACCAGCUCUGACCAGCGGAGGAGCAAAGUGUGCUUCAUUUCCGCUGGUCAGAGCAAUUUUCCCAUGAUUCUUACCUUUCCUCUGUGUUCCCACGAUGCUUCCUGUCAUUUUAGACGAAACUGCCGAAUUGCGUUCUAACUGAAUUAGAACAGUAUGUUUGUUUGUUUUAGAACGCUAUUCGGCACUUUGUUCGGAUCGCAAUUUCAUUUGAAUGAAUGAAACUCCGAUCCUAUUCUUGCUGUGGCUGCAUCUUGCAGCCGCUUAGUAGAUAACUCCCUAAUUCCCACGGUAUUAGGGAGCUAUCUACUAAAAGGCUGAAAGACCUAAAUUGGUCUUUCGGCCACAUAGACUAAGUAAAAAUUACUUAGUAUUAGUAUAUGCUGCCCCUACUCGCUAUACCGCGAGUAGGGGCAUGUCUAUUAACCAGUGAGCAGCCUGUGGCUGCUCACUGUAAAGUAACAAAAAAAUAAAAACCUAUCGGGGUGGGGGCCCUAAAGUAAAAUAAUGGGGGAGACCUAUUGUCCCCCCCCACCCCUGCGCGGUGGGUGGGGGUCAUAAUGAUAAUGAGGGAGGGGGAGCGGCGGAUGGGGGACAUAAUGAUAAUGGGGGUGGGGGAACCUACUGUCCUCCCCACCCUCCCCCCCGGGCAGCAGGUGGGGGCCAUAAUGAUAAUGAGGGGAGGGGGACCAGCUGUCCUCCCCCCCUGGGGGUGGGGGCCAUAAAGAUAAUGAGAGGGGGCCCUAAGUCAAAUUCACCCCCCCAUCAAAGGUGACUAGGGGUCCCCAAGCCCCUAGUCACCCACUCCCCCACCCAAAUAAAAAAGUCGCCUAUCUACCCCCCUCACCCUAAAAAAUUGUGAGGGGGGGGGAAUAAAAUAACUAACCUGUAAAGUAAAAUUUAAACUUACCAUUCGACGUCUUCUUCUUUUUUUCUCAAAUCUUAAUUUUUCCGCUCCAAAAAAGGCCAAAUAAAAAACCAUCAUAACCAUCGAACUUAAAAUAAAAUAAAAAUCCCAAGCGCAAAUAAAAAAAACAGACGAAAAAGAAAAAUCCAGAGCGCAAAAAAAUAAUCCAUCUUCAACCAUGGAGGGCUCCGCGCAUAAAGCCUUCCCCUGCCCUGCAAUUAGGCUAAGAACACUCUGAUUGGUGGGUUUAAGCCAAUCAGAGUGCUCUUUGUCAUUUUACACAGCGUGGGAAAAUUCCAUAGAACUUUUCCACGCUGUGUAAAAUGACACAGAGCACUGUGAUUGGGGUGGGGGCGAGGGGGUAGGACAGUAGGUCCCCCCCCCCCAUCUUUAUGGCCGCCGCCCAGCGGUGGGGGCCGGGUGGAGUGGACAGUAGGUUUCCCCCCCUCAUUAUCUUUAUGGCCCCCACCCGCCGCCCAGGGGUGGGGGCCAGAGGGGGAUGGACCGUAGGUCCCCUCAUUAUCAUUAUGGCCCCCACCCGCCGCCUGGGGGUGGGGGGGGGACAAUAGGUCUCCCCCCUUAUUUUACUUUAGGGCCCCCACCCGUCGUUUAGGGGUGUGGGCCAAUAGUUAUGUGGUUUUUUUUUUUGUUUUGUUUUUUACAGUGAGCAGCUACAGGCUGCUCACUGUUUAGUAGACAUGCCCCUACUCGCUAUACCGCGAGUAGGGGCAUUGGGGAGAUUUUAAUCUCCCUUAUGCUAUUAUGAGGGUCAUAUUGACCCCCAUAGAGUGAGGGGGGGGGGGGCUUAUGAAGUGGUGGGGAGCACUGCUCCCUGCCACUUCUAUCUUUACAUAUUACAAGGAGGGAGCUGUGCACCGGUAGCUCCCUCCUUGUAAUAAACUGAGCGAACAAACGAUCACUGAUACACAGUGUUAGUUUGUUCGUCUGAUUUUUCUAUUCAUUCAUUCAUCUGUCUGAAUGAAUGAAUAGAUGAAAUUCCCGUUCGCAUGUCCAGGUGUUUAACUGGGCAUGUGCGGGAAUCUCAGUGCUAUCUAGUGUGGGCAGAUGACGUGUCCCACAGGGACUUCAUCUACCCACACAAAGAUGGCGACGCCCUGAAUAAAGAUCAGGGCAGAAAAUAAAGAUAAAAAAAUAGGUAAUGUGUGGGGCUUAGGGGUAUUUGGGGGUGACUAGGGGGUCAAUUAGAGAUAGUGGAGGGGGGUUAAAAAAACAAAAACAAAACAGGAUUCGGCAUGACAGUGCCGCUUUAAUAUGAAGAGGUAAAUUAUGGUUGAACAGACAGCUCAAAUUCGAGGUUUUGUUUGGUUCAAAACUUGGACGAUUGUAUCCAUCUUUAAGGGAUUAAGAGAAAUCUGAACACGGUACAGUACCUAAAAGAUGGCAUCUAUAUGGAUGCAGCCUACAAUUAUUUUGUUUUAUUCAAGCUGGCAAACCCUGUAUAACAAUGCAAAUUUCUCAUAUCAACAAUUUAGUUAUUUCUGAACGGUUAUAUAGUGAGGCAAAAUUUGGGCCCUCUUACUUAAUGAAGCAGUUUUUAUGUAUAGACCAUGCUUCUGAAGUCUCACAGCUUAAUUCUCAAUUCAAAGAAUAGAACAUCAAAAUUGGGAAUGGAUCCCUCUGCACUGUUAAACCUAUACAAGGAACAUAGUGAGCUAUGGUUUAUAAGAGUUGAAGAUACCCCAUUGUACAGCGCUACGGAAUUUGUGAGCGCUAUAUAAAUAAUAAUAAUAAUAAUAAUAAUAAGAUACUACUUUUUUGUUUUUGUGAUGGGCCGCACUGGGUACCUCCAUCAAGCUCGCUUCCUAGCUCUCCUGCAGGACACAGAAGUGCUUCAGCCCCUAGCGACCGCAGCUUGGCUGGAGUCUCUCUGUCACUUCCCGGGAACAGGGUCAUGGGUACAGCUUCUAGUGAUUAAGCUCUCCUGUAGAGAGUAUAGCUGAUCCGCCCAGACUGAGUGAAGGGUGUAAAGCAACUGCUUUAUUAUGGCCAAGCUGCCUGCUUUUAUACACAGCCCCCAGCAUGGGGUCUCUAUUCAAUACAAGGCAAACCCCUCCCCGGAAUAUCUGGGCCUGGGAAACAAUUGCAUUAAAGACUGGUAAGCUAAUUAUCUCCUAGGAGCAGAGAGGCAAAACAAAAAUAUAAAACAUAAAAAUAUCCCAAACAUCAUGAAAAUAUAUAAUAACUCCACAAAUAAUACAUCCCCAAAUAGACAUGAGCUGAGUGCCUAUGUUCUCCAAUUAGCGCUAAGUUCCAUGCAGUGUAGGGAAAACGCCACGGGUUAAAGGUCUGACCAGCCGCACACGUGGCCCCAUGCCCAAAAUAGUUCCAAGGCGUUUGGUGCUUUGGCCGGUGAACUUUCGGGAGCUCCUGCGUCCGAAAUAUGGGGUGCUCCGUCCGGCUCUUAGGUAGCGUUUGUGUACCUUAGUCUCAGGCACCUUCCCUCCAAAAAGUGCUCUCCUGGAGGGUUUCAAAGUGGUUCAAAACCCCGGAACAACUUGUCCAGGAACCGCACAGUCACCUCAUGCCGAAAACCGUUCCAUAACAUUUGGGGCUAAGUACCGCUGAGGUGACCGGGUCCCAUGAGGUCCUCAUUCCAAAUUUAGUUCCAUAACGAUCGUGGCGAAGUACCGCUGAGGGAACUUUGUGGGAACGUCCGCCAGGGAGCUAGAGUUUGGUUACAUUCGAUUGAAGGAAAAGUGCCGAACCAGGGGCACCGAGGGAAAGCUGCUAAUGGUGGCUGUGUAGGGUAACUCCAACCUAGAACAUAGUCGGUUGGCAGGGGGCCUGACAAUCUAAGUACCAAAACAACUGUUACUAACUGGUCAAUCAUGUCCCUGCAGUCACACUGUUCAAUUCUCCAUUUGCCAUUUGGAGUAAAAUCACUUUGUUUAUGCAACCCUAGUCACACCUCCCCUGACUGGGACGCACACAGCCACCCUACACACUUUCUAAAAAGUUUUUUUUUUUUUUUUUUUUAAUUUUUAACUUCCCUUAUUGCACAGUUUUAGUUAAGACUUUAUUACCUCUUGCUCUUUUAGCCUGCUAAAGCUUGCAACAACUUCCUGUGUGUGAUUUUUAGGUCAGCUGGACAUCAGAACUUCAGCUGUAAGAUCUUACUGAAAAUAAAAAAACAAUUUUUUCAUGGAGGCUGUGUAAAAUAAGAUCAUGUUUUAAAACUAAUAUACAAGACUAAUACAGGUGAACUAGAUUUGCAGCUUCUGCAAUCUACAAAUUAAAAAUAGCAUAAUAAAAUACAUGCUCAAAUCUAUACAAUUUUACAAGGCUAUUUAAAAUUAUCUAGGUAACCAAAUAUGAGAAUUAAUUUCCACCAUAUAGCCAUAUCAUGUUAAGCCCACCACUAUGUCACAGUACUCCAAUAUCUAAAUAUGUAAACCACAGAAAUCACAACAUAACAAAAUACUUUACAAUACUAGGUCUUGUGUAGCUGUACAUUUGGUUAAAACAAAGCACUCGUGUAGGGCUGGUUUUGUGGUCUGUGAGUAUUGAGUUGCGCUUGGGAUAAAUAAGCAAUGCAUAUUACAGGCAGAUCGCCAUGUUGCUAGCAUGUGUUUAGUUUGCGAUAUGCUAUGACAGUGCUGCAUAUUGAAAAGCCCAUUUAUUUGAAUGCCAUAUAUUAUUAUUGUCUUCAUGGCAUGAAAACACAACUUCAACUGUAUUGCCUUGUAUGCAAGUGAAAACCAAAAAUUCCACAAUACCUUAUUUAUUUUCAAAUUAAAUCAUUCAGACUAACUAUUACAUUUUUCAACCAAUUCAACAUAAUUUUUAUCCAUUCCAAAGAGGAUUACCACGAUAGCUGGUUGGAUGAUCAAGCUAAGAAAAUUGACAUUUUGGGGGAAAUCUAUGAAAAACCUGCAUCUAUAAUAGUAGUUGAGGAAUACCAGGGUACAGUCUCAGGGUCACUCAUUACACUGGCGCUAAGCUGACUGGCCACAGCCGUUUCAUCAGUUAGGAUAUAUACACUGUUUGGAGCUGUAGCUUGCUUGUCUGCAAUGGGAAGUAAUCAAAGGGACCUUUUUGUGGAGGCAACUUGGAUGAGCUAGGAAAGUAGCAGACUCUGUAUUUGUCCCAGCAAGGGGUCUGCAAACCCACUAAGGUAACAACCUCGUGCACUCCUCGUUUAUCCCUUGAGUCCUAAAAGACUUCUAUUGAGGAUUCUAAAAGAGGGACUUGAGAUGGAGGAGUGUGUUGAACCAUUGCAUUAAGGGUGUUUCUGCAUCCUUUGGAUGAAAGCGACUUCAUACCAUAUGCUAGUGCACAUGGCCAGCGUUUUCAAUUGCAGGGUUAAAAAGACAUGCACUGCACCCAGACCACUUCAUUGGUCUGGGUACCUUUUGAUCUCCUAAUUAUUAUUUCCUGUUCUUCUUCAUUAAUAUUCCAAAUAUCAUCUGCAAAACGUCUGGAAUAUUAUUGCUGGGAUAAAUUGAAAGGACAAAGACAAUUGGCACAAUUAUCUUCUUUGUAGCCAGUUUGGGUUUAUUGCUGAAUGGGAUAUUUGUCUGUUAUCUAUAGUCCUUUAUGCCCUGUGUCUAGCAUUUGUGUUGAGUUGUAAAGCUUCAUUGUUUAGCUUUCAUUUUAUGUUUUUUAAUAGUCCCUUGAAAUUAUAUCAAAACAGUGUUGUAUUGUUUGUUUUAUUUAUUUAUUAGCGAUUCCAGUUGCGACUUUACGGCCUGGCAGUGUAUAUUUAAGGCAAAACAGACCUUAAAGAUUUUGCUUUUUCUCCUUUUUAUUUUAUUUAUAACAAAGACAAUUGUUCCAUAUAUUAACAUCAAAGACAGACAUGUACAUAUAAUAAACGUAUUGAAAAGGUAAAUUACAUCACCAAAAGCAGAACACACAUUUAGGAUCCAGCACAUAACUAAUCCCACAAGGGAAAAGAAAAAUAAUUUACCAACUAGGUUACAUAUGUAACCAGAGUUGCAAUUCUUCUUGCCUUGAAAGAGUUCCAAUGAGGAUAUGCUCUUCAUAGAGUAGUCCAGUUUCUGGAUUUUUUUACAGUAUUCCUGAACAGACAGAUCUGACUGAAAAUUAUGUUUCAACUUUAAAAAAAAAAAAAAAAAACUCAAAGUACUUCUUGCAGGAGGCUUCCAAGACCUCCACACUUGCUUUUAAGUUUCUUUGUGCUCCCUCUCCUUUGUGGGUGAAACAAACCGCUGGAGUCCAAAGGUGAAAUGGAUAACAUUGCUUUACAUUCUAGCUACAAGAGGAUGGUUUCCAGCAGUAAGUCUAGUGCAGAGCUUAAGAAAUUUCCAUUGUGUGUAAGAGUCAGAUUUUGUGACCUGUUUUUGAUAUCUUAUUUGUUUAGAUGACUGAUUCUGACUCAAUUCUUUGAUCAAAAGGGUUUAAUUCCCUGCCAGAGACACAGGCCAAGUAAUAACCAGAUUAACCCCUGCAAUGCUGGCACAGAAUUAUGCCCACUGUGCAUGACUGUUUACCGUUUGUACUCUAAUCUAAUGCGCCAUCAAAUCUAUUACUCGCUUAAAUUUUUGAAACCUGGAAGCCGAAAAAUUUUUUCGCUGGCGAAUGUAGGGCUCAUUUGCACAUGAAGAUACUGUACACAGACAACAAGUCUUGCAUUCCAGUGAUGCAUAUUUCGCCCAGACGAAUUUCUCUCCAGCAAAUUUGUGUCGUAUGCUCAUCGUAUCUCCAAGAUGUCGUUGUCAGAGUAAGUCGUUAAGUGAGGAGCAACUGGUAAAUCAAGAGAGAAUAGUACGCAUGUACUGUGCUUUCCUUUUUGUGAGUUCCGAUAUCGUACUCUAAUCUAAUGCACUGUGUGUACUUCAGUCUAAGAGUCCUCAAAUCUAAUGUGCAUUCAAAUUUUGGAGACUUUAGGUACGCGUUAGAUUAAGAUUCCGUAUUUACUUGUUUGAUAAUAGUUUUUUCCGGUACAAUUUUAUGUUUUUAAAUCCCUUGGUCAACAGUACCCCUACAGGUAGUAGUAGGAAUUUCUUAGAGAUAUGUGCGAGAGGAAUUACAUCACAGUGUAGGUGUGGAGUAGCGCUUUCCUCCCAAGAUGAUGGGGUGUAUAUAAUCAAUAGACAGCUCAAGGGGACUAUCUGAUCAGUCCAGUGACUGAUGCGCAAGGGGAAAGCGACUGACCUAUGCUAGGGAGGGACUUAGACAUUGCUCCGACUAAAGAAAAAGAGGUGACUUUACAUAGCAAGCUGUGAUUUAAGAAUCUUAUCUUCAAAUUUAGUGUGUAAAGUAUUGAUCUGCUCAAUGUCCAUAAUUAGUUAACCCAAAGCAUUAAUGUGACCACUAUCUUCCCAACAGUCCAACAUUGGUGUACCUGUUGUGGCAUUGUAACUACUAUCUGUGAAUUUACAGAUAAUUUAAUAUUCAUCUGCCUGUGUUCCAGGGACAAUUUUUGCAUAUGGACAGACUGGAACAGGUAAAACCUUCACUAUGGAGGGCGUUCGUGCUGUCCCAGAACUCCGAGGCAUCAUCCCGAAUUCCUUUGCUCAUGUAUUUGGACAUAUUGCUAAAGCUGAAGGAGAUACACGGUAAAUAAAGGGUCUGUCUGAAAAGUCAUACAUUUCCAAAUGUUAAAACAUUCAGGGAGGAAGUUACUGACAUAAAUAUAUUUAAUGUUAAUCUACUUUGGUAUUUUCAGUGCUGUAUUUUUGUUAUAUAUAUCUAAGAUCCUCUAUAUGACAAUCCUAAUAACAUCCCAAAGAAGUGGUCUGGGUGCAGUUAUCCUAUGUUUUUAACAUUAUAUGGUUAAAGGGAUUCUCCAGUGCCAAGAAAACAUAUUAGUUUUCCUGGCACUGCAGGACCCUCUAGUGCCCGUCUACCUCGCAUCCCCAUCCCAAGUUGCUGAAGGGGUUAAAACCCCUUCAGUGACUUACCUGAAUCCAGCUGCGAUGUCCCUCGGCGCUGGGUCAGGCUCCGCCUACGCUGAUGUCGGCGGGGGAGACCUAAUGUGCACACGCAUUAGACCUCCCCCAUAGGAAAGCAUUAUUCAAUACUUUCCUAUGGGGAUUUCGGUGACGCUGGAGGUCCUCACAUAGCGUGAGGGUGUCCAGCGUCGUUUUAAAAAACUUUUCGUGUUCUAUAAACACGGAAGUCUCCUCUAGUGGCUGUCUAGUAGACAGCCACUAGAGGAGGACUUAACCUUGCAAUGUAAAUAUUGCAGUUUAUGAAAACUGCAAUAAUUACACUUGCAGGGUUAAGGGUAGUGGGAGUUGGCACCCAGACCACUCCAAUGGGCAGAAUUGGUCUGGGUGCCUGGAGAGUCCCUUUAAAUCCACCUCUAGUGGCUACCUUCCUUAGUGAAACUCCACCCUGGAAUCAAAUGCUGCUGAUGACAGUGUUUGAUUGGAGGAGCGUGACAUUUGACUAUGCAUGUCUGGUUUGGGUUUUUUUUUUUUUUUUUUUCAAGAAUUUGACCAUGCAUGUCUGGUUCUUUUCUAUGUAAAGCAAUUAAUUUGAGGAGGUUACGGGUAAUGUCAGAAUGCUGAUAUCACCGAAGGAGGUGCUGGAGGUUGCAGUGGAGGAGUUCUGCAGCUCUGGAAACAAGCAUAGUGGGUUAGACAGUGAUCACAAAGCAGUAAGGAACCUGUAGCCUCCAAAUAAUGUUGUUUUUUUUUUUUCUUCAUAUAUACUCUUUUGUGCUUUUCUUAGUUUUGUUCUAUUAGGGAGUUAGUAGAUAUCUCCUUAAUCUAGUGUACUUGUAUAAAAACAUAUUGAUACAGAUUGAGUUCUACAAUAAACUGCUGAGAGAUCAAAAAUAGGAAAAGGGCUUGAAUGGGAUUUCUCAGCUGUUUAGUAAAUAGGACUACCAAAGUAGCCAAACUGAAAGCAGAGCAUUCUGAGAAUUUUUCCAAUUCAUCUAUUUUAGCCUUAAAGGACCACUCCACACCCCAAGUGCUUUAUGAGUGAGGAGUAUCCUCAUUUAACCCUAAUUUAUGCGAAAUCGGCACCUUUAUAAAUUAACUAGGGAACUCCCCCUGGCUGUCAAACAGUCAGGGAGGGUUAUUUCCUACUUCCGUUCGCUCACCUGCCACCCCCUCCUUCCAUCACAAACCUCAGACCAGUUCCUCACCUUAUAAUUGCACGAUGGGCGUGCAGGUGUGCACGGCUUUUCAAUGGGAAGCCUUUAAUUGUUUUGUUUUUUUCUGUGAAGAGACUGAAGUCUCUUCUGGGAAUAAAGCGGAGGGUUUAUAAAGGUUGCAGUCAUAAGAACUGCAGCUUUUGUAAGCUCUUUUAGACUAUACUCGCAAUGAAUACAUACAUGGAAAUAUGGAUUGUGGAAGUGUGGAGUGGUGCUUUAAAUUUGAAAUUCACAUUGAAUUCCCUUAGCGAAUAACACUGUUAAUACCAAAUUAGGAAGUUGUCUACUAAUAUCUUCCUCUUACAUUCUGAGAUGUUAUUAUUUUGCAUGGAAAAGACAUCAUGUACAUUUUCUUGUAGAUUUUUGGUCCGAGUGUCGUAUCUGGAAAUUUAUAAUGAAGAAGUACGUGACUUACUGGGAAAAGACCAAACCCAAAGGCUUGAGGUACAUUUAAUAAAUUUAUAUAUUUUGCCAUUUUAACAUUUAUUACGUUUUAUAUAAGGUGGGGAUUUCUAUGAACACUCUUCCUGCAUGUAAAAAAACAUACUCGUUUGAAGAAUUUUAGUUUUCUACAAAUAUUGUUUAUAGAGGUUGACACUGUGUAUUGAUGCGCAGAAGAAUGCUGUCCACACAUUGGGGAAAAAAAUAAUUUCCUUGACUCUUUCCUCAAAAUAGCUUAAUUUCAAAGCAGCGAUGUCACACAAGUAAAAGAUAUACUAAGACAAAGUGGGGACUAAAGCUUGACAAAAGGCAAAACUAAAUAUUUUUUUUUUUUAAAUUUUUUUUUUUUUAAAUUUUCUCCGUCAGUAGUGACGGCUGUGGGGAAAACAGAAUUGUCUAUGGAGUAUCCCAUGGUCUUCUCCAGCGACCUCAGUGUUUUUCUCUUGAGCAUACCUGCUCUAAAGAGAACUGACAGAGCAUUGCGGUGGCCAUGCGUGACAGGUUCCGGUAUGUAUAAUCAACCUUAGCCUGCACCCUGCGACAAACACCCAACUGCAAAGUCACUGUAAGGGGUCUUUGCAAAUUACCGUGACACACCCACUUUAAGUGAUUUAUUUUUAUUUUUUUUUUGUUAAAUUUUUUUUUUUAAAGGCAUUUAACCGCAAACUUGUCUCCCUAGUGCCUGUCCGCCCUUCCUCCUACAGACUUGCCGCAGCCACCAGACUUCUUAUUAUUAUUCUGCUUUGCAGAUAUAGUAGUGAUUGACUGAAAGAUCAUCUCACCAGAAAAAAAACUUUAAGAUGAAUUUGUUUGGAGAGAGGAGAGUCCCUUUAAUAUAUUAUAUGUAAAUUUGCACAAUAUUAUUUUGUCAUGUAAAUGUUCAUACUUUGUAGAAAGGAGCUUCCAUAAUAUAUUAAGUAUGCUAUACAAAACAGGAAUACUUGCUAAGCUGUAAUAUGCAUUUGUGUAUGCAUUUGAAGGGGGGUUAAUUAAACAACAAAUCCUACUUACACAACCUAAGGUUAUCACUAGCUAAUUGCUACCACCAAUGCAUUCUAUCAGGCAUCUUGGGUCAUUUCUUCAAACCUAAACGUAGUGGUGCAAUAAAUGUCCAUACAACAUAAUUUGGUAAAUUGAUGCCUAUAAUCCUUCAGAGAAAUUCAGGAUUCAGGAGAACAAGAGACAUCACAUUCCAGAGUUCAUGCUGACGUCCCCAAAAUAAAAGUCCAAAUGGAGUGCUGAGUGGAAAAUCAACAGAAAAAAUGUGUUGCACGUAGAAUGCAGCACUGAGGUAUGAGAGCCUCUCUGACUCUUAUGUCUCGACUAUAUUUAGACCUGUGCUGGAAUUAGGUGUAGGAAAGUAGCCUUUGGUUUGUAUAUUAAAAAAGAAAAAAAAGAAAGGGGGAAUGAUUUAUUAAAUACUGGGAUACAUUACAAUCCAGCAUUAAUCACUUAUUGGUAAUGAUUCCUAGAAUACAGGAUACACUGAAUUGUCUGACCAUAAAAAAAAAAGUGUGUGUGUGUAUGUGUAUGUGUGUGUGUGUGUGUGUGUGUAUGUGUGUGUAUAUAUAUAUAUAUAUAUAUAUAUAUAUAUAUAUAUAUAUAUAUAUAUAUAUAUAUAUAUAUAUAUAUAUAUAUAUAUAUAUAAUAUAUUCAUUUCUUCUUUACUCUCUAGAUUACACUGUCCACUUUUUGCAUCUCUCCACUAUUUUUAGUUUAACAAGCUUUAUACAGGAUACUUCUGCUUCUGUACUAGACAUUUUUUUUUUUUUUUUUAUUACAUAAUGUCCAGUGACAAUUGAAACUGACCCUCUAUUAGUGUAGUCAAUAAAUUGGAAAUAAAAGGAUGGGAACAUUUUCAGAGAUUUAUUGAUGCAGGGAUAUGGCUUUCAGUGAUUCUAAUUUAUUUUUUUUAACCUCUAAUAAAAGAAAAUAAUUUUUAUUUUGGUAAGUGCAGGGGCAGAAAGCUGCAUGGGAUAGAAGAACUUUAAUGAGAGUAUCUUUAGAAUGUUGUUGACUAAAGUUGUUUCCCUCUUUUUGUACUUUAUUCUAGGUUAAAGAGAGACCUGAUGUUGGUGUUUACAUUAAGGACCUAUCUGGUUAUGUGGUGAACAAUGCUGAUGAUAUGGAUAGAAUUAUGACUUUAGGACACAAAAACCGUGAGUGCAGUUUAUUAUUUACAAGAAAUAAAAUAUCACUCCUAUAAGCAGGAGAAAAACUAGCUUUUUUGGGGGGAUAUAUUAUGCCCAAAGCUAACAAAUUCUUACAUUUGUUGCAACAAAAACAAGGUGAUUGCGCAAACAGUGAGAUAUUUACCUCUUGUUAUGCAAUAAAUAGCAUAAAACCUUUAUAAUAAAGACAUAAAAGACCAUCAUAGUGUAGUAUAUUCCAAAAUAUAAAAAGCAGUUACAAAAAAUAAAAUAAAAUGGAAAACUCACAAUUUUUAAGUUGGCUUUUCAUUAAUAUAAAGAUAUCAGGUGUUAAACUUCACUUAUCAGGUCCACAGGUAGUUGGCAAUUUCACUGAUGGUCCGGAACCAGAUGACAUUAAAAAGCUUUUAAUUCAAUACAAGAUAAAAAGCAAAACAUUUAAUAUAGCACAAUGCAUUCCAACCAUAGUCUGGCCUUUCUCAGGUGCAUAUAACCUAUAAUACGUGUGCCAACACACAUAUGCAGAAAACAGAUUAAAAGUGAUUUUCAAUACCCCAUUAAAAGCGUAAAACCGUUUUUCUUCACUUCAAAAUGAUUAUUGUAUUUCUAUAUACUUUCCAUUUGCCUCACCUCUCUUCCACCAAAGUGUUAAAGGGACACUAUAGUUACCAGAACCACUGCAGCUGAAUGUAGCGGUUCUGGUGUCUACAGUCUGUCCCUGCAGGAUUUUCAAUGUAAAUACUGCCUUUUAAAUGGAGACACUGAAGGUUCCCCAGAGAUGCAUUGAUUCAAUGGGUCUCUAUAAGGAAAUGCUGAUUUCAAUACUUUGGAAAAGCAUUGGAUUUGCUGAGAUCAUCAAGAUUGUUGAUCUUAGCCAGGGAGGUGGGGUCAGCUGCAGUGAGGGAGAAAAGGUCAGUUUAAAACACAUUCAAAGCAAUCUGAAGGGUGCCAGGGGAGCUAAGCAGUUAGCUUGCUGGAUGUGUUGAGAAUUGUUUAUGUGGAGUACAUGGAGUACCAGUGAGUCAAAGGUUUGUAAGACAACUCUUGUGUCUUGGCAUUAGGAGGGAAUUUGUGGGUCAGAUCCCUAAUGGAAUCACAUUCCCCAUCUGUGAGUUAAACGUCCUGAGCUUCUGCCCACUUUGCCAUAAAUGGGGGAGGGGAGAAGUACUUUUUUUUUUUUUUUAAAAUUGGUAUAUUAUUCAGCAUGUAAAACUCCUCUUCUUGUGGUCCCUUGACUUUUGAUGACAUGUUAAAUGUAUGUUAUCAGUUUUGAUCAUAGUUUCACUUUCAAUCACUGCAGGAAACACGUACACCAUAAACAAAAAACAGACCAUUAAAACACUGUUUAGAUCAGGGGUUUUAGUUACAUAGAUUGCAAAAGGUAUGAUAAGAUAAGUCUUACUCACUAUUUCUAAACUCCUGUCACAUGAAAUGCAGUACUACAAAAAUUUUAUAUUCACUAAAAAUAUAUAGCACACAAAUAGGUGACCACAAACCCAAAUGUACAGAACUAUUAGAGAUGACUUUUUAUUUCUAAUUUUAUCCACAUGACUUACAUGAAUUCGCUAAACUCUCCCCAUAGAGAAUUAUUGGUAUAAGAAGAUGAGUGGUGCAGUACAGUAAUUGCUGUGGUCAGUAGGUCUCCCAAUAAGCUCACAUCUGCAGCGUGGAGGUUUCUCCAUGAGAAAGCUCUGAUUGGUUUAUUCCCCAGCACAUACGCUUAGGAUAACGUGAAGGGUCUGCAGUGGCUGCAGACAGCAGGUCUGAAGGUUUUGCAAGUGGAUUUCAUUUACCCCCAAAAAAUAUGAAACAAAAAAAAUGCAUGCUCUUUUUCUUUUGAGGGAUACAUCUACUAAAUAGAAAAAAAAAAGUAAUGCAGUGGCAUGUUCCUUUAAAGGUUGCUCCACAUCUUUACUCCACAAUGGGACUGUGGAGUUGUAUUCCGCUUCAUGGUACUGCAGCCAAUAUACACAUGUUUUUGAGGGAAUAAAAUUGUAAUUUUAAAGAGCUCAAUGAAUUCGAGUGUGGUACUGUGAUAGGAUGCCAUUUUUGCAAUACGUCCGCUUGUGAAAUUUCAUCCAUGCUAUUAUUCCACAGUCAUCUGUAAGUGGUAUUAUUGGAAAGUAGAGGCUUUCAGGAACAUCAGCAACUCGCCCACGAAGUGGAAGACCAUAUGUCACAGAGCAGGAUCUCAUGAGUGCUGAAGCUCAUGGUGCAUAAAUCUGGCUGAAUCCAUAGCCGAAGUGUUCCUAACCUCCACUGGCAUUAAUAUCAGAACAAAAGCCGAAUGGGUUUCUAUGGCUGAGUAGCUGCAUUCAAGCCUUACAUCACCAAGUACAAUACCGAUCGUCUGGUCGAGUGAUGUAAAGCAUGCGGUCACUGGACUCUGGAGCCGUGGAAACAUGUUCUGUGGAGUGACAAAUUACACUUCUCUGUUUGGAAGUCUGAUUAACGAGUUUGGGUUUGGUGGAUGCCCGGAGAAUGUUACCUGCCUGACUGCAUUGUUACAAUUGUAAAUUUUGGUGGAGGAAGGAUAAUGGUAUGGGGCUGCUUUUCAUGGGUUGGGCGAGAGGAGCCAUGUUUUCAGUGGAGGACAGUAUUAAUGCUGUAGCGUAGUAAAACAUUUUGGACAAUUCUAUGCUUCCAACUUUGUGAGAACAGUUUGGGAAAGGCCCUUUUCUAUUCCAUCAUGACUGUGGCACAGUGCACAAAGCAAGUUCCAUUAAGACAUGGUUGGAUGAGUUUGAUGUGGAAGAACUUGACUAGCCCGCACAGCGUUCUGACCUCACCCCCAUCGAACACAUUUGGGAUGGAACAGAGAUUGUUAGCAAGGCCUUCUCGUAGAAAAUCAGUGACUGACCUCAUAAAUGCUCUACUGAAUGAAUGGGCAAACAUUCCCACAGGAACAAAAAAACUUGUAGAAAGCCUUCACAGAAGAGUGGAAGUUGUUAUAGCUGCAAAGUGGGGACCAAAUAAUAAUUCCUUUUUUGUAUUUUUUUUUUUUCUGUGCAGAGGUGGUUACAGGCAUAUGUCAAGUGCCACAACAGCAUGCAUAAAUUGAGCAUCAGGGUUAUCACAGUGACAUUGGAAAGAAUUGCACAUUUUUGUUUAUAAGUUGGAAUAAGCUAGGAAUAACGGUAGCAUCAAUAAAGUUAGUAACCGUUUGGCAUAGAACAGUAAAACAUUGGGAGAGUAACAUUCUCAUGGCACAUAGCUGUAGCGCAGUGGGAGUGUAGCUGGUGUUGGGGGCACUAGUUGUCGGUAUGAGCAUAGGUAGCCUAGAGUUUUGGCCUGGAGCGUGAUGGUCUGCAGUGUAUGGGCUUGCGCUGGGGUCGUGCUAUGCUGGUGGAAGCCGUGCUGUGUUGCGUGGUGUGAGGUCGUAGCGACUGUGCUGUAGAGCCGGUUCUCGUAUGAUAGUGAUGUGGUACGCUGGUGGCCCAUGUGGUCUGUGAGUGGCUAUAGGGUGUCCAUGGCUGCAAGUGCUAGUGUGGGUGCUCCAUAACAAGAAGUCGCAAAAAAAACUUUAACAAUAAUAUGGUUUAACUGGUUUACAAAUUCAGUGGGUACAGCAAGUGGUGUUGCUGAGGUAUGGUGGUUGGUAAGCCAGGUGACUUCGGGGCUGCUACUUUGGUUGCUGUCACGGCUCGUCUGGGGACAAAUGGGACCACUGUUGUGGGGUUCCAAGUGGAGCCGUGAGCUGGUGUGGUGCUGGUCUCCAAGGGGAGAUGAUAGAUCGAGGGGAUUCCCAGUGUCGGUAGCAGUUCAUUUGCCUCUUGUAUGUCCCGGAUGGUAUAGGCCGCAUUCCCGUGGUUGAUUAGCAGUGUGCGCGAACCUCUCCAAUGGUAGAUGAUUUUAUGCUAGUGUAGGAGGGCUGUAAAGGGUUGGAGUGUGUGUCGCCAUGCCAGAGUGGAUUCCGACAGAUCUGCGUAGAAGGAAAGCUGCAUGUUUUCGAACGGAUAUUGUGAGUGGUUUUGUGUGGUCUUCAUUACCGCCCUCUUGUCCCUGUGGUUUUGAAAAUGAACCAGAAGGUCCCGUGGGGCCGUUGUUGGGACCUUAGCUGCUCGUGGCAAGCGAAACAUGUGUUCUGUGGGCAGUCUGUGUAUUAGUCUCCGCAGUAUGUGAGGGAGCUCAGUCUCCGGUAUCUCCUCUCCGAUGCCUCGGAUUUUAAUGUUCCGGCUGCGACUCCGGUCCUCUAGUGUUGCUAUGCGCUGCUCGUAGGUAAGGUGCUGUAGUUUGAGUUCUUGGACCGUUUGCUACAGGAGUUAUGUUUGUUGCUUGGUGCACUGGGAGUCUGCCUCCAGUGUGCCCAUGCGGCCCGUUAGGCCCUGCAGGUCCUUGCGCAGUUGGGCCAUGUCGGCCUGUAUUGUUAGUCGGAACUCCGCUAGGAGGCCUUUCAUGACUGUGACGGUCACCGGUGAGGAGUCUGGUCUCUGGGGUGACUGGCGGGGUGGUAUCCCGUAUGUGGAUUCUCCAUCUCCGCCUCUGUGGUGAAUUUAUCAGAUACUUCCGAGCCAUAGUCGUUGUAGGCGGCCAUGUUUGGGCCUUGGACGCUGAGCGCUUGCUUCCACAUAUCACCUAUACUUUGGUGUUGCCGCGGGUUGUUGGGAUUUGGCUUUUUAGUUUUGCGGCAGUCCACGGGUCAGUUUAGUGCCGGUUUCGUUGAGAUGGGUUCUUGUUAGCGGGCCCAAAGUGCUUGUUCGCUGCGGAGCUCGCUUGGCAUGUGGCUAUUCAGGUUGGUUGCUUGGCUCCGCCCCAAUGCCUUUUUUGUAUUUUGAAUGCUAAGUCAUAAAAGUCCCUGUUGGAGUAAAGGCCAGGUGUCGCAAUACAUUUAUUCACAUAUAUGUAGUGUUGUACACAUAUGGUGUAUAUCUCUAUCUCAAAGAAUUUCAGGUGCAUACUUAUAUUCUAGAUUGUAUGUUGAUGCUAAAUAUGGUAAAUACCAAUAAACAUUUUUUUUAAUUUUUUAAACCUUUUGGAUCAGAAAUGAUCUAUGAGCAUUAACAUCAAGAUGAUAAAAUUUACUAGCUAUGCCCUGCAUAAGAGUGUAAAGAAUUAAGUGGGUAGAAAGAAAAGAAUGUGGAGUGAGAAGUAAAGAAAGCACUCCCAAAGGGAAUCAAAAAGAAUUGCUUAAACACACAGUCAUCAUUCUGCUCUAGUCAGGAGACUCCAAUUCAGUAGAAAUUGAAUAAAUGCAUGAGUCAUGUCACCUUGCAUCAAAAAAUAACCGUAGGUACACUGGUGAGCAGCACUCUCAAAGAACUUCCUGGAUCCAAUACUGUAGACUCAACAGCAUGGUAGAAUUUUCCUGACCAGCAGGUUUGCAGUUUACAUCACCUCCAUGACUGUGUCGCUCCCAGCUGUCUAUGGCAUCUUUGCAGGACUACUCACUGCACUGACCACUCAGCCACCAUAGCUGACAUCUAGCUUCCCAGCCACUAGUCAACCAGCAACCACAACCUAACCACAGAGCCAAAAAAAAUAAUGCAUGGUGUGACAGGGCACAGUGGAAGGAAAUCUCCACUAAAACCAAAACUCCUCUGUGGGUGAGGUCAUUGGUGGCCCAGGUUGCAGGUAAGAAGAUCAGAUCCAUAUAACUGGAAGUGGUGGCUAGUAAGUCAAAUUUACUAACUGCAUGAUAAAAAAAGCGCAUUCCUCUCUAAAAAUUCCAACGUACCCUUGCCUCAAGAAAGUAUUUUGUAUUGAUUUUAAAUUCCAAAUGAAACGUGCAGACACAAAUAUUUAAAGGGAAGGUAUAGGCACUCAGACUGCUUCAUCUCAUUGAAGUGGUCUGGGUGCAAUGUCCCAGUCCCACUUAGUCCUGCAAUGUAGUACAUAGCAGUUUUUGAGAAACUGCAGUGUUUACAUUGCAGUACUAAGAUGGCCUCUAGUCGCUGUCUAGUGUGCUCUUUGUCAUGCUCUUGCAGCACAGCUCCCUCUUGCUCUGUUUAGUUAUGCCGGUGCCAGAAUGACGUGAUAUCCCUGCAUCAUUGCAGUGCUUGAAGAUCAUGAAGAUUACAGCAUCUUCUCCAUCUCCAUUCUAUUGGUUGUAGAGACUGCCUUUAUACAUUUCUUAACUGUGAUGCCAGUUUCAUUCAUGAGGGGAAAAAAAAAAAUAUAUAUUGGGUUAUGCAACAAGGUUGUACAGCAGCACUCUGAUAAAGUCUCCAUUUCUGUCAAGCAUUUCAUGACAGAAAUUCUAGGAAUUAACAACAAGCACAGUAACUCAGUAAAGGUGCAUACACUAAAAGAGCCACAACAUUAAAGCCACCUACUUAAUAUUGUGUAGGCCCCCCUCAUCCUGCCAAAACAGCUUUGAUGUGGGUAAGCUUGGACUCAAAAAGACCUCUGAAUAUGUCCUGUGGUAUCUGGCACUAAGACAUUAGCAGCAGAUCUUUAAGUUCUGCAGGUUUGCGAGGUGGGGCCUCCAUGGAUCAGAUUUGUUGUUCUAGAACAUCCCACAGAUGCUAAAUUGGAUUGAGAUCUGGGUAAUUUGAACCCCAAAAAAACACCUUGAACUCUUAAUUCCUCUCACCAUUCCUGAAAUUUUUUUGCAAUGUGGCAGGGUGCAUUAACCUUCUGAAAGAGGCCGCUGCCAUCAGACAUGCACCCAUUGCCUUAAAUAGGUGUAUGCGGUCUGCAACAAUCUAUAGGUAUUUGGUACUUGUCAAAGUAACAGCCAUAUCAAAGACCCAUCCAUCCUGGCCCAUGUCAAAGUCACUCCGUGCUUUUUUCUUGCCAAUUUUCCUGUUUCCACCACAUUCAAUUGUAGAUUUUGCUAACAUAGUAAACCUAUAAUUUUAUUUUUAGUAAUGACAGGAGGCGAAUAUUUUGCAUAACUAUCUUUAUUGUAAACUUAAAGCGGCACUGUCAUGCCGAAUCCUGUUUUUUUUUGUUUGUUUUUUUUUAACCCUCCUCCGGCCUCCACUACAUCUAACUAACACCCUAGUCACCCCGAAAUGCCCCUAAGCCCCCCACAUUACCUAUUUUUUAAUCUUUAUUUUCUGCCCCGAUCUUGAUUCAGGGCGCAACCAUCUUUGUGUGGGUAGAUGAAGUCCCUGUGGGACACGUCAUCUGCCCACACUAGAUAGCACUGAGAUUCCCGCACAUGCCCAGUUAAACACCUGGACAUGCGAACGGGAAUUUCAUCUAUUCAUUCAUUCAUCAGACAGACGAAUGAGUGAAUAGAAAGAUCAGCCGUACAAACAAACACUAUGUAUCAGUGUAUGUUUGUUCGUGCAGGUUAUUACAAGGAGGGAGCUACCGGCACUCAGCUCCCUCCUUGUAAUAUGUAAAGAUAGAAGUGGUAGGGAGCAUUGACCCCCAGGUCCCCCCUCACUCUAUGGGGGUCAAUAUGACCCCAAUAAUAGCACAAGGGAGAUUAAAAUCCCCCCAAUGCCCCUACUCGCUAUAGCGCGAGUAGGGGCAUGUCCACUAAACCGUGAGCAGCCUGUGGCUGCUCACUGUAAAAAAAUCAAAACCCCAAAAAAAACUAUUGUCCCCCACCACUAAACGACGGGUGGGGGCCCUAAAGUAAAAAAAGGGGGGAGACCUAUUGUUGCCCUCACCCCUGCGCGGCGGGUGGGGGCCAUAUUGAUAAUGAGGGGGGGGACCUACUGUCCCCCCUGAAGAAAAAGAAAAAACCAGAGCGCCAAAAAAUAAUACAUCUUCACCCAUGGAGGGCUCCUCACAGACUGAGCUCCGCAGGGCGGGGGAAGGCUUAUAAAGCCUUGCCCCGCCCUGCAAUUAGGCUAAGAACACUCUGAUUGGUGGGUUUAAGCCAAUCAGAGUGCUCUGUCAUUUUACACAGCGUGGGAAAAUUCAAAAGAACUUUCCCACGCUGUGUAAAAUGACACAGAGCACUGUGAUUGGAUGGAUUUCUGUUUCGUCUGUUUUAUUGGUGUUUUUUUGUUUUUUUUUUUUGCUCGGGAUUUUUUUUUUUUUUUUUUUGUUCAACGGUUAUGAUGGUUUUUUUUAUUUGGCCUUUUUUGGGCCUGAAAAAUGAAGAUUUGAGAAAAAAGAAGACGUCGAAUGGUAAGUUUAAUUUUAUUUUACAGUUUAGUUAUUUUAUUCCCCCCCCUCACUAUCUUUUUAGGGUGAGGGGGCUAGGUAGGGACUUUUUAUUUGAGUGGGGGGAGGGGGGUGGUGGGUGACUAGGGGCUUGGGGACCCCUAGCCACCUUGGGAAUUGACUUAGGGCCGCCACCCAGGGUGGGGGGAGGGGGACAGUAGGUUUCCCCAUUAUCUUUAUGGCCCCCAUCCUCCGCCCAAAAGAUUGAAGAGUAUUGUUGAGCCACUCCAAACAGCCAGAAGACUGAUGGUUCUCACUGAAAAGAACAGAAAACCAGUGAAAGACAAGCAUAAUGGCGACUUGCCAACGUAAGCACAUACAUUGAAUAUGUAUAUAUCUAUAAUGAUUGUAACAAUAAAACAAAAUUACACAUUAUUUACUAUAUAACUAACCCACUCGUAGAAUAUAACCCAGAAUGUCAAACGAAAAGACACAACCCACAUACAAGCGGCAGAGGCAAGAAGGGUGGGAAUAGGAUGGGAAAAUAUUUGCCUCCUGCCAUUACUAAAAUUAAGAUUAUAGGUACACUACGUUAGCAUAAUCUACAAUUUUAACACAUGGCAGGAGGCUUCAUAUUUAGCAUUUUUAACGUUAAGGGAGUAAAGUAAAAGAAGCAUGAGAAGUUGUUCUAAAGUAAAAGACACGAAAAGUUUCUUCCCGCGACCAAUCGGCGCAACGCUUAAUAAUGUCAGCCAACGAGGCGCCCGACAAGGCUCACAACGCCGCUGUGCCCCUGAUCAAAUGUGCCUCUAAGCCCGAAUUUAUGCCAGCUACUAAGAAAAGUCAUCUCGCAAGGGUCGCAGAAGAGACCGACUUAUGUGGGUGCACAUAUGAAAUAAGGAGUUGUCCAGACUGAGCCCGGCGCAGAGAAGAGGUAACAUCUUAAAGGGAAACUCCACUGCAGAUCCCUUCUCCCUCCCACCUCCCACUCCCCGGUUGCUGAAGGAGUGAAAACCCCUUCAGUAACUUACCAGAGGCAGCGACGAUGUCCCACGUCGCUGCUUCUUCCUCCGCCGCCACUCCUCCUCUGCGUUGCAUCGGCCGGUGGGCAAGACUGAUCCCGCCCACCUGCUGGGGAGACCUAAUGCGCAUGCGCGGCAAUGCUGCGCAUGCACAUUAGCGCUCCCCAUAGGAAAGCAUUGAAAAUGCAUUUCAAUGCUUUCCUAUGGGGAAAUGAGCGACGCUGGAGGUCCUCACAUAGCAUGAGGACAUCCAGCGACGCUCUAGCACAGGUUUCCUGUGUUAUGAUCCAGGAAGUGCCCUCUAGUGGCUGUCUAGUAGACAGCCACUAGAGGUGGAGUUAACCCUGCAACCCUUUAUUAAAAACUGCAAUAAUUACACUUGCACGGUUAAGAGUAGUGGGAGUUGGCACCCAGACCACUCCAAUGGGCAGAAGUGGUCUGGGUGCCUGGAGUGUCCCGUUAACCUCGGGUCAAUAUUGCCGAGAGUUGGAGAAGAGACAACAGGUUAUCAGGCCAAUCCCUCAUGAAACGAAGGACCAUGUCCCAGAGCCGAUACUAUUUCGGAGCGGUUGGACGUGAUAAUCGGAUACCACGAAACAGUCAACAGACGAGUGGGUUCUGCCUUACAGGAAAACUGAGAACUAGGACAUGUGCGUCAGAAAUGGUAAACAUUAAUGGAAUAUGAACUACCUGAGGCGAAUAGUUGCGUCAGGAAAUUCAGUAUGACUGGUAGAGGUGCCAGCUAUCCCACUUAUUCCAGGCAGCAAGGUAACUGUGUCUAGUGCCGGGAGCCCAUGAGUCCCACAAUAGGUCUUUAGUGACCUGCGAUAGGUUGUUGACAUUCCAAGAUCCCCUGAAAUCAUCCACCCUUUUUCUGCUCCUUUGCGGGGAUCCUGCCCUGACCUAGAUAUGACAAGAUGGCGAUCAAAUUCCGGGGUGAUCGCCAUUUUGCCCGGUAGGGAAGGUCGAGGGCAUUCCGUCCGGAGUCUGCCUCUCACCUCCCUGUCAAUGGUCCUGCCGAUCUAGAAGAGGAGGAACCUGUACAGAUGAGAAAGCCGGGACCACUCGGACGAUCUCAAGUUUUGUAUGGUCCUUGGAUUAAACAUUUUCUUGUGCAGCCUGUGAGGGAAGGGGCCUCCUAUAUACGAUUCCGUAACAUAUUUUGACUCUGUGGUCGGAAGGACCAACCAUUCAUCCCCACCGCCAGAUGCAGAGUCUUUGGCCCGCCAUUCGUCCAAGAUGUCUAGGCCAGCAGCACGGAAGUCAUUGUCCUCCUCCAAGGAUAUCACAGGGGGUGGUGGUUCUCACACCGCUAAUCAUUUAGGGCGUUUAGCCAUAGUAGUACUCUUGGCCUUAGUGGGCAAGGUUGUAACUCCUUUCCUGUGGUGUUUGACACGGUCGGUGUAUCAGCGUUGGAGACAAAUGAGCCUACCGUGUCAUCAUCACACGGAGGCGGCAUACCUACGGCUUGUGAAGAGACCUCAGGAGGAGGUUGCGUGAGGAAUUUUGGAGAGUGCCUUCUCCAUUGGUUAGGUUGGUGAGUCACUCAUGUCAGAGUGUAGAGUCCUUCUCACAGCUGUACCAGACAGUCUGCACAAACAGGCACCAUAAAAGUUCAAUUGUAUACACUGUAUACCACCCUCUUUAGGUAAGACAAUGGCAUAAAGUACAUAAAUGAAGUAAGCGCCUCCAUCUGAAAUCCUUGAUACAGUAGAUAGUGUAAAUCACUGAUAGGUGCCUUUUAUUGAAUUAUUAUUAGGACUCACCACUCACAGCCAGUUGAAACAAGCGGCUAAUAUAUGCAAGGGAUUGGUACCCUUAAUAUAGGGAGAUGCUGGUAGCCUCCAUUAGUUGAGGGGGCUCACCCCUAUAGAAUAUCAUAUGGCACAUGGCCAGAAUAGGAUAUAUGGGGGCUCUUGUGGAUUAGAAGACCAGAAAUUAGUAGCCAGUCUAUGUUAUCUGGCCUGACAGGGAGUUCCCUGGUCAGUACAAUCGGGGUCACCCGGUGUAAGAUCAAUGUCACCAACCACUGAGACACGAUAAGUAGGUGUUGUAUAAGGUGUGCAGGUUCACCCGUCACUGCCAGUCGUUAUGAGCAGCCUGUAUGUCUGGGGCUGAAACCCUGAAUUGGGGGGAAAGCGCUGAAAACCUCCAGAGGCAACAGGGUAGCCAGAUGCGCCCAGUAAGACUGGGUAGGUACCAAGGUAUGUCGGAUCACCGUCCGUUGUGACCAUGUGUAGGCAAUCCCUCAGAGAGAGUUAAUGGUACCUAUAAUAGGGGUGUAGCCCUACGUGGUUCCAUUUUGUGUGGUGUAUGGGGACAAGGGGCUUGUCCCAAUAGUACUGUAGGGGUACACCCCUUUGUUCAGUAGUUCAGAUUUCAGAUUGCACAAUCAGUCAAGGCACAUUAGAUAUAUUUUAAUCCUCACAACUGUAAUUGCAGUGAAUACAAUCAAAGAUAUUUGUAAAAUCCUAAAUUGUCGAAGCACCUGGUGAGUAGGUGAAAUCCUACAGGGUCCUGUGAGCAUGAAGUUGAAUUCCGUUUAGUCAGAGGUCCUAGACAGUCCGUAUCUAGCUCUGUAAAACCGCAAGAUGGCGGCAAAAAAAUACCUACCCCCUAAUCCUGACCCAGUCUGCAAAUGCGGUAGAAAAAUGUGCUGCAACCGCAGCAAAAUCGCCUGUCGCUGCCCGAGAGGGAGCUAGGCCUAAACCAAAAGGCAGCUCCUAUUACAGGAUGAAUAACAGAAAUGAGCACAAAUGUAAAAUAGGGUAUUAAAUAAAAAUAACGAGCCAGAUACUCAAUAGGAGGGUGGUACAGCUAGAGAAAGUAAAAAUAAGUAGGAUAAAGCAGAAUAGAGUCACAAUAAAGAUCAAACCGUAUAAACAUACAGAGAGAGCAAAUACUCUGACCUGUUGCAGAAGAAGCAGCAAAGAAAGAGGAAGAGGCAGGAUCACACUGCCUGUUACAUACUUGUGUCUUUUGUUCUGAUUUAUUUAAACGUUAUGAUUGAUAUUUGCUGCUGAAGUUUACAGUAAAGAAAGUUUAUGCAAAAUAUGAAGCCUCCUGUCAUGUGGUAAAAUUCAUGAAAGCAUUGUAACAAUCCAUGUUCUUUGCCUCACAUGUGAGUGGUUUUAAUGUUGUGGCUAAUCGGUGUAUGGGUAUCCUCUGUGCAAUGUAUCUAAUCUAUAAAGUAUCCCAUUUGAACAGAAACUGCUUGAGGAUAAAUAACAAAAACACUUUUAUUUUACAUUGGGUGUUUGGUGUUUUUGUGGUAAGUACAACUAACCAAUAACCAUUUACAUUUGGGUUCAGAUUUUUUAUUUUAAUUUUAUUUUUUUGUGGAAAACUAACGUUUGAAUGAUCGUUUGCUGAUAUCUAUUGCAUUUUUCUAGGUUCUGUUGGAGCCACUAACAUGAAUGAGCAUAGCUCUCGAUCUCAUGCUAUCUUCACAAUUACUAUAGAAUGCAGUGAAAAGGGUGCUGAUGGAAACAUUCAUGUCCGCAUGGGAAAGCUUCAUCUUGUAGAUCUUGCAGUAAGUAUUUCUUUCUCUCUCGUUCAACUACAUGUACUCGUCCUCUUUGGGGGACCUUAGAAAAUUUUCCAUAUUCCGUUGUCUUUACCUAGGAUUUUUAGAAAUGUAGAUGUAUGUGAACCUAUCAUAGAGUUAAGCAGCUGGAAAGGUAAAAUUAGUGUGUGUGUGUAUAUGUGUGUGUGUAUAUGUGUAUAUAUAUAUAUAUAUAUUACACAAGAUCCAGCGCACUCACCUAUCCACUAAACAGCAACUUCAAUGUUGAAAGAUUUUAUUAGUUUUUUAAAAACUCCUAAUCUAGGCAAAAAUAAUGGGGGUUUAGUUACAUUAUAUGAUCAUACAUUGCAUAAGCCUGUCACAACGUCAACGUACCCCAUCUUUGGCAGGUCCUACACUAACAGCCUAAUGUCUGCUCUUAUGAGAUUAACCCACUUACUUGAGGGAAAAAAUUUUUUCCAUCUGGGGCUCUCUGCAGUACAAGGCUAAAUAGGGCCCUGGGAUGAGGUACCUGUGACAGGGAGGGGUGCAAAACCAAGGAGUUGGCUAGACUCCCUAGCAGAAGGCUGACCUCAUCAGAAGUGGUGGCCUGAUCCAGUCACAAUGCUUCCCCAUAGGAUUGGCUGAGACUGACAAAGAGGCAGAUCAGGGGCAGAGCCAGCAUGAUUCAAACACCGCCCUGGCCAAUCAGUAUCUCCUCAUAGCGAUGAAUUGAAUCAAGGAAUCUCUGAGGAAAGUUCAGUGUCUGCAUGCAGAGGGAGGAGAUACUGAAUGUUUGGAUGCAUUUUAGGCAGCCCAUGACCCAGGAAGGAUCUCUAACAGCCAUCUGAGGAGUGGUCAGUGAAGUUAUCACUAGGCUGUAAUGUAAACACUGCAUUUUCUCUGAAAAGACAAUGUUUACAUCAAAAAGCCUCAAGGUAAUGAUUCUACACACCAGAACAUAUUCAAUAAGCUGUAGUUGUUCUGGUGGCUAUAGUGUCCCUUUUAAAGAAAUACUCUAAGCAAUAAAUCAUCUUAAGCCCAAUAAAACAGUUUUAAUAUAGAGAUCAUCACCCCUGCAGUGUCACUGCUUAAUUCUCUACCAUUUUGGAGUUAUAUCACUUUGUUUUUCUUUAUGCAGUUUUAGCCAAACCUCCCUUGUCUGUGACCCACACAGUUUACAUAAAAAAAAAAAGGUUUCAUUUUCAAUCAGUACAGUACAGUACAGAAAGCAGGCUAUUAACAGAGUAGGAGAUAAGAAAUUCUAAAUUUAAACAGACUGCUCAAUAAAGGAUGCUGCAGAAUUAUAUUUCUCUGUACAUGAAAUGUGUAGGGAGUGUGUUGGUCACAUGCAGAAAGGUGUGCCUAGGGCUCCAUAGAAAGUUAUUAAACUCCUAAAUGGCAGUGAACCGAGCAGUGAGACUGCAGGGGCAUGGUCUAUGCCCCCAAAUCGCUCCAUUAAUCUAAAUUUGUUUUGGUGCUAAUAGUAUUCCUUUAAUUGGCUUUGACAAAUGGAAAUUCAAAAAUCUGCAUGCUCCAAAACUUAUCAGAAUUCAAAGCCAUCCAGUGAAAAGGGCUUGUCUUGUAUGAAUGUUAGUGAUAUUAAAUGAUUGUCUGCCAGAGCAUAGUAUGAAGUAGUAUUGAGGACUUUGGUUAGCUGUGGGGGACAUUUUACCUUAAUUCACUCAUCCUUAACUAAUGUUCUUUGUUUUUCAGGGCUCAGAGAGGCAAGGAAAGACUGGGGCAACUGGGCAAAGAUUAAAAGAGGCCACAAAAAUUAAUCUAUCCUUAUCUACACUAGGAAAUGUUAUCUCUGCUUUGGUUGAUGGAAAAAGCACUCAUGUACCUUAUAGAAAUUCAAAACUUACUAGACUGCUACAGGAUUCAUUGGGCGGAAACUCAAAAACUAUGAUGGUAGGCGUUAUACUGUGGGUUUUUUAAAUCUACUAAUCUACUACAAUUGUUUCUUUCUGUGUGUAUUAUAUAUUCAUCUAUUUGACACACUAAAUAUAACCGUCGUGGAAACCUGUCCUAGAGUAUUAAGCAAGUGAAUAUCUUAAUUUUCCUUGUCUACUUUAUUUUGCUGAUAUUUUAGGACUGGAACCCCCGGGGCUACUUGACCCCCCAUAGGGAAAGCAUUGGAUUGGCUAAAAUUGUUGCGAGGGAGGUGCCAAACACCAUUUUGGUCAAUCAGCACCUCCUCAUAGAGAUGCGUUUAAGCAAUACAUCUCUAUGAGGAAUAUUCAGCGUCCCCAUCCACAGCGUGGAGACGCUGAACAGCACUGCUCCAGGAUUCACCUCCAGAGGCCAUCUGAGGAGGUGUCCCUUGGGGACUCUGAAAAGGCACUGUUUGCAUGAAAAAGCCUGCAUAUAAUGAUUAUACUCACCAGAACAACUACAUAAAGCUGUAGUUGUUCUGGUGACUUAGUGUCCCUUUAAUGUUUGUUGCAGUCAAACUUAUCUUUGACGUAUGUGACAUCCAUGUCAUGUCAAAGUUUGUUAGGAAGUAUUACAGAGCAAAUACUCUCAAUUUGGAUUAGUUUACAAUUACCCUGUAUAAUAAAGGCCUAAUUGGGAGGGAUUAUUAUUUUAAAUUAAAGUAUACUGUUCGUCCUCUCUUAUAUGAAUAUUGAUGUUUAUCUUUAGUGCGCAAAUAUCGGGCCAGCAGAUUACAACUAUGAUGAGACAAUCAGCACUUUAAGAUAUGCAAAUAGAGCGAAAAACAUCAAAAAUAAAGCUAGAAUCAAUGAGGAUCCCAAAGAUGCUCUUCUACGCCAGUUUCAGAAAGAAAUUGAGGAUCUUAAAAAGAAACUUGAGGAAGGUAAUGUUGGCGAUGGAUAGUUUUGUUUUUUUUUUUUGUUUUUUGUUUACAAGAUUUAACCGAAAAUAUGUAUUAAUCAAAAUGUAGAAUUGAAGAAAUAUGUGCUGGUGAGAAUUUAAAGUAUAUUUGUAAAGCAAUCUCUUUAAUCAUCUUUAGGAGAAGAAAUAUCAGGCUCUGAAGAUAGUGGUUCAGAUGAAGAUGAUGAUGAAGAUGGGGAAAUUGGAGAAGAUGGAGAAAAGAAAAAGAAAAGAAGAGGUAAAAGAUAUUAAAAUAGUUAUAAACCGUUUGUCCUGUACCUUUUAAAAGUAUUUUAUCUGUUGCAUUAACUAGUUUUCCUGGCUCUAUAGGGUCUUUAUGUCCCCCACCACCCUCAGGGUCCCACUUCUGCUGGGCUGAAGGGGUUAAACACUUACCUUUCUCCACCACCGGGCUCCCUCUGCUCUGGGGAACUCUCCUCUCUCAGCCGACAUCAGCGCCAAAUGCGCAUGCGCGGCAAGAGCAAUGCUUUCCUAUGGACGUCCAGCAUCUUCUCACUGUGAUUUUCACAAUGGGAAGCGCCUCUAGUGGCAGUCAGUGAGACAGCCACUAGAGGCUGGAUUAACCCUAUUGUAAACAUGGCAGUUUCUCUGAAACUGCUAUGUUUGCAGCUGCAGGGUUAAUACUAGAUGGACCUGGAACCCAGACCACUUCAUUGAGCUGAAGUGGUCUGGGUGCCUAUAGUGGUCCUUUAAUAGUUGCCUGUCCUUGAAUUUGUAACUUACACAGAACAAACCAUCUGAGAUUUUAAAAUGCCACUCUGAGCAAAGAAUCAUCUUCUAUGGAAUUGAUGGGUAGUUUGUGUGUUGAUGUAGGAGGUUGUUAUUAUUAUUAUUUUUUUUUUACUUCUCUCCAUCUCUCACAUCUCUUCUUUUGCUGUUAAAAAUAAAACAAAUCACCUUUUGUUUGCAUAGCACUUUCUUUGUCACUUUUUACAAAAUCACUUCCUGCUUUGCUUCUAUUCUUGAGUACAUACUGAGCUCAGCCAAUCUGAGAUCGGUGACAGAGCUGAACUGCUGGAAGACAGGCAGACUAAAAAAAAUGCGAGAGGGGAGACGGGGUUAGGUUUAGCAACUAUCUGUUUAUAUUUUCCUCUGCCUUGGUGGGGGGGGGGGGAUUUUGACCUGUGUGUUCCUUUAAACAAAUACAUUGUUUGACCCCAAAUUCGUCUUGGCUAGUGACAUCCAUGUUUUAAACCAAACGAAGACUGUCAUACAGUAUUAAACCUAAUUGAAGUGUGUAGUGUUUUUCUCAAAUUAGACUGUUCAAACCAACUGCUGUCCCACUGUCCUUCAUGCAGCCAACUGAGGCGGGUUGCCAAGUGUCCAGUAUAUGACCUGCUGGUGGUGUGUUUUAUUCUUUUAAAAAAAUGUUAUUACCCUUUUUGCCCCUGUGCAAGGUCGAGCAGUGUCCUCAUAAAGUCCUGAGAGGCUCUUGCUUCUCAUAGGACUUUCAAUUAAGGAUCUAAUGCACAGCGACACUCCUUUACGUACUGUGUAGGCUCCUCAGAGGAGAGUCUUGUGAGAAGGAAGAGCCCAGCCUGUCUGGACAUCACUUAACAAUGCAUCAAUUAAUAUGUAGGACAGGUGGUGAUGAUAAAGAUUUGUGGAGGUAGUUUGCAUGUGUCCUACUGUUCUUUCCACCUCUUUAUGUACAAAUGCGUGUAUCUGUGAAUGAAAGGGGGCUUUAAAGCCCCAUGCUUAAUGUUAGUAAAUUUAGUGUAGGAUUAUUAUGGCAAAAGGCUAAAUAGUGGGUGCAGGAUUGGGGUUACUGCUGCAUUUAUGUGUGUGUGUCCUUGUUCUAGUUUCUGGGCAUCUGUUAGUACAGAUCUGCAGCCCACAUGUGAGAAGACGAUCUGGCCAGUUGCCCCAAUAAAGUUGAGUUUAAAACCCCUGGUUUAAACUGUUGAUAAGCAAGUCAAUUUUAAAAUACAUUUGGUAUUUGUAUACAAGUUGGUUUUCAAGGGAGAGUAAAGUAAAAGAACUAUAUUAAAAAUAUUUGCUUAAUCUGAUAAGUCUCCUAUGAGUACAUUUUAAAAAUUGGAUGAAUAAUUGAUUGCAAAAUAGCUAAGAUUAGAGUUAUCAUGUAUAUGCUUUAGAAGAUCUUAGCAGUUUAUAUUUCAAUCUGUUACCACAAUGAAGUUUGUUGCUGAUGCAGCUUGAGAUAUUGGUAAGAAAAGGGCUGCUUAAAAUAGUUUUUGGUUCAGAUAUGUAUGUAUGUAAUUAUUAUUGCGUUUAUUUUGUUAGUCACUUACCAAGGGACUUUGCUCUACUUAAUACAAUAGAAAGACUAUGUCUGGAAGGCUUUCCCCUGUAAGCAAUAUUGUAUUUCAAUUUGAAUUCAAAAUGCCAACUUUUUUUACUUGACAACAACUUGAUCGAAAACAUCACUAUCUUAAUUGGCUGUCAACCUAUUUAUUUCAGUUGCUCAUCAGUUUACAUAAAAGCAAUAUUCCCAACAUGUGUGCCUUUUCAUGAUCUAUGUUUUCCAUGCUGUUUUCUGGGCCAUCUCUUUGUCCAGGUAGUAGCAGCAGCAGUAGCAGCUCAGACUCCACAGUGAUAGAAAGACCAGUGGAUAAGUACCUGCCUAGUGAGUGGCAGCUCCAGCUCCUAAGCUGUAUGAGAAAGCUAUGGCUUACUAUGUCCUUUGCUCCCCGUUUAGUUGCUGCACUGCUAUCUGUUAUCAAAGCUGUUUGGAUAUCCCAAUGCAUGCCUUUGUUUCACAUUCCAGUAUGGUUUGAUAGCUUUACUGUUGAAGAUGAGCAGCGGUGUUUGGUUCAUGAAAAGUUUUUACUAGCACUUUUAUCAACUCGAGACCCUACUUAACCCAGUGGUUUGCUGUUAGGAACCUGUUUAACUAUUGGAUAAAGGAAGCUAUCUCUAAAAUACUGUAUAGAUUGAAGUAUGUUUGAAAUUACACUGAUGUUUCUUUCAGUGAACAUUGGAACAAUAUAACCACUUCUCUAGCACAGAAAGGUUUGCUGGAAAAAAAAUGCUUCCUAAAUUCACAUACUUUUAUCUACCGCUAGAAGUAUUGCAAUAUCAGAAUUUACAUAUUUACACUGUAGUUUAUAUAGUGUCUGAAUGUUUUUUUUUUUUUUAUUUUCUUACAUAGUUGCACGUGCACUUAGUGAUUUAGAGUAGAGGCAAGUACAACCAAAUGGUUACUCCAAGCAGCAUGACUACUUAGGAGACUUGAAGUAGUCAUGGUUCUCUGUGAAACUCUCACAUACUGAGUGUAACCACUUGGUUGCUGGACAUGUAACUCCACCUCUUACCGCGUUCUAGAAGUGUCAUUAGCCAGCCUGGAACAAGAGCUGGCUAAUGUCAGUUCUGUGCAAUGAAAGCAGUCAGCUGAUUCUCUCAGCCAAUUAAUGGCGACUGGUUCAACUUGCAGAAGAGCUGCACAAGCCGGAAAUAUGUCGCCAGACAUGAAAGGAGUCUCACAGCUUGGUGGUCACCGAGGUAAGAUGACAAACCAACACUAAAUGGUUUGCCCCAUUACUGCAGGAGACAGAUCAUAGUAUUUCAGGCAUCGUAAUCACAGCGGGCUGUAGUGGUUAUUAUUCUUGGAGUAACAGUUAUGCUGAUUUUAUAAUAAUCAAAAUAUAUGAAACAAGAUCUCCAUACUCUAGCAGUUGCAGGGGAAUGCAAGACAUGUAGAUAUAUCUAGGCAAAGAUGCUGAUUUAUUAUGAAGGUGAUGUAAAGGAGGAAGAUGUAGAACUAUGCCACAACAUUUGUCUAAUGGGUAAGUUGUGUGCCAGAAGGCCAGACUUUCAUAGCUCUUUUUGGGAUCCAAUCCCUGACUCCAAAGAGGCAAAGUUCCCUGCUAUUGCUAUUUGUUGAACUUGUGUAUGACCCUCUGUAAAUAUCUGGAAUGAUGCAAGCAUGUUCUGUAUGCAUAUUGGCUACCUCUUGCUUUAAUUCAGUACUACAACAUGAGAGAGUAGAUUUAAGUAUUAGCCUUUUGGCAAUAGAUAGAUAUAAUAUAUUCAAUGAUUUUAACUCCCCUUUUAAUAAAUGUAAUGUGAUCUAUGAAAAUUUCUCAGACUUGUCAAGAAAGCCAUGUGCAUGUUUUUGUCUUGUAAAUGUUUUCCAGAAUUAGACCAGCACACGAUUUGUGAUAUGUUUGGAACACUCUUUCUGCAAACAAUUAAUUGCUGAACUCUUAACAGAUCUGUUAUUAAUACUGCAUGUAUACCUGAGCACUCUUGCUUUGCCCCUAUCACUCACCUCAUCUAGUAUUUUUGUCUAAUGACUAACUACUUUUUAAAUAAGCACUUUCUACUUAAAAUUUUGCUGCAAUAUAUAUGCAAUGCACACAAUGCAAAUUGUGAUUAUAUUUAUAUUCAUGUAAUCCUCUAGUUAGAAAUAAACAUUUAAAAAUAUAUAUAUACAUUUUGCAUAAUGCCGUGGGAGUAUUUUUUUGGCUUUAACAAUUAAUUGGCCAACCAAAUGUUUUAAAUUUCGUAAAUCACUGUAAUGUUAAUUUUAUGUUAAUCCAUCAUUAUGCAUUUAAUUUUUGGGGCUCUCGAGGCCCCAAUAACCUUGAAGAGAGCAAAUUACUUAAUUUUAUGCAGCAAUAUUUAUGACCACUUAUACUGCUAUGUAGCAAGAUUAGACAACCUUUGGAUCACUAUUUGAGAAGAUUUUUUUUUUAAUCAAAGGAUGUCUAAUCCUGGCUAUUGUGAAGUCUAAAAACCUCACAUUUGUGUUGCCACAUGCUAUGCCUACAACAUUGGCCACAUGUUAUUGCAUACAUAUGUUGAUACAACAUGAAAUAACAGGAAGUGAUAUAAUGUUGUCUUUCUCCUCUCUUCAUGUCAAUGCUGCCAACCUACAAAUUAUUUGCUUCAUCCACUUUAUGCAAGAACAAGCAGGUUGGUGUUAAUAGGUUUUGACCUCAACCUAUCAAAUUUUAAAGAUUGCCUUUUGUGAUCUUUAAAGAGUGAACUUUUAGUUCUUGAGUAAUGUAAAUGCACUCUUGAACAAUAAUGUUUACAAUAAUAAUUCCUAAUAGUUUUAACUGGAAAAAAAAAAACACUUUGAAUUUAUUGUAAAUGUAAGGUACCAGUGGAAAAGUACACUCCCUAAAACAGUACAAUUUAUAUUUAAAAUAAGCUACUAAUAUUGUUCUCUUCGUGUUGAUGUGACAGUAACAUGCAUAUUUCUGCUUGCUAUUUAUUCCGCUUUUAAUGUUUAUAAAGGAGAUUUGUUAUAUAAAGUAAAACAUGCUUUUUUAAUGCACUCUAGGGUUUCUAAUAACUUUGUAUAUCCUGUUUGAUACUAAUAGGGGUUCACAAAUAAUGUUUUCCUAAAAAUCUGGAUUGGUUCUAAUCAGUCUUGCGAUGUAAUCACUGAUAUAUAUGCCGUGCUGUCACAGGCAAGAAGAAGGUCUCCCAUGAUAAAAUGGUUGAGAUGCAAGCGAGAAUUGAUGAGGAAAGGAGGGCACUUGAAACAAAACUUGACAUGGAAGAAGAAGAACGGAACAAAGCAAGAGCUGAGCUGGAGAGGAGGGAGAAAGAUUUACUAAAGGCACAGUAAGUAACUUCACUAGUUCUGUUAAGAUGACCUACUGCUUCCACAGUGUAAUGAACUUGUUGGCCAGAAAUGGGAGUCAUUGACAAGCACCUGAUUCAGUAAUUCUGAAUGAGAUGAAAAUGGUCAACCCAAUGGAUAACAUGUUUUUUUUUUUUUUUUUUCUUCUUCUAAUUGUUAGUUCAUGUUUAAUGGAUUGCCAUGCUGUCUGAAUACACAUAUAUUUCAGCUAUAAAUAAAUGCUGUCUCUUUAUUUGUGCAAGUGGUUAAAAAGCUGAAAUAGAACCUAGUUAGCUUCAUUUUCUUAAAGUGGAACUGUCACUUAGUUGUCACUGUUACACCAUGGAAAUAAAACCACUUAAUAUAACUAGAAUUGUCUGUCUUUUUGGUAUCUUCAAUACAUAUAUUUUGCUAUCAAAUUGUUAUGUAGAUUAUAUUCCUUAUUCUGUUGCAUGCUGUGAAAGUAUAAAUCUAAAAAUGUUGAUUUUUAAUCAAGUGGGUUUAUUAAUUGAUUAAACAUUCAAGCAGGGAAGAUAGGAGACAGUCAUUCUGAGUAGGUUUGGCUUAUAACAGAUAUUUUUAUACAAACUGGGCUGGAUUUGUAAUGGCUUACACUCCUUACUGAAUAGAAAUUUCCUAAUUUCAAUUAAGGGCUUACUUCAGUAAGUUAAUAAGCCCUUACUCUGCCAAGAGAAUCCAGCCCAAUAAAUAUAUAUGAGAAAUAUAAGAUAAGCCUUAAGGUCCUAUCUUAAAAUGUAGAGUACAUAACAAAGGAGAAGUCAGGAAGUUAGAUAAUGUACUUGUUCGUGGUUCCGAGUAGGUGUUAAACUGUUUUAAACAGUUUAACAUUGGAUGAGGCUACCUGUCUCUGCUGCUCAGGCUAGUGCUCUUAAAUCACCCUGAGCAUCGGUGGAAGGCAUUGAUUGACCGAGAGCACCUUAUCCAUACCUCUAGUUGUUGAGGACCUUUGCUCAGCAUUAAACCUGAACUGUGAGAUGGCACCAUAACUAUUCAUUAAGGUGAAGUGGAUAUGGUACCUCGACUGUCUAUUUAGAAAUUGGAAUGCUUUUAGCAUGUAGUGUACCUUUUAAUAGCAUACUUAAUUCCAUAUCGUUAUUUUAAUGUUCUACAGGCAAGAGCAUCAAUCACUCCUUGAAAAGCUGUCUGCUUUGGAAAAGAAAGUUAUUGUUGGAGGAGUGGAUUUGCUUGCCAAAGCAGAGGAACAAGAGAAGCUUUUAGAAGAAUCUAAUUUGGAGCUUGAAGAGCGUAGAAAGCGAGCUGAAAAACUUCGGAGAGAGCUAGAGGAAAAAGAGGUAAUUACUUUUAAAGGACACUCCUGGCAUAAACACAACAUUGUUUUGCAUGCUGAAAACAUCAUAUAUUUUUUGCAUAAAAAAAACCAAAUGUUUUGCAUGAUUCUGCAGUAUAAGCCUUCCUCUGUAACCCUGCCCCCUCGAACCAGAAAAAUACUUCUUUAUCAAAUGCACGCGCAAGGCACAGCCACUGAUUGUACUGAAUGAUCUGAACUACAAAGCAACCUGCAUUAGAAGGAAGGAUACCAAGGGAGACUUCUAGAAAGGAUAUCACUACCAUUAUAAUUUAUCUGACUGCAGCAUGGUUGUAAAUCAAAAGCAGAUCGUUCAGUGCUGUUGGGGCUGAGAAAUUGUGCACACAUUUCAUAAGGGAUUCUUUCUGGAAUGAAGGGGCGUGGCUAAGGAGGCAGACAUAUGGUGCGGCUUUCUUCAAAGAUUUGAACGUGAAAAAAUACAGCAUAUUAAUGACACCAAAAUCUAUCAAAUGCAUUAAAGUUGUAUUUGUGCUCAGAGUAUCCCUUUAAGUAACUCAUUUGUGUGUGAGAACAUGGAUUGACAACAUACUACUUACCAUUAAAAAGUUCUAACAAAUGAAAAAAACUAAACACAAUACACUAUCUACAUUUAAAAAACCCCAAAACAAAGUAUGUACUCAUUGAAACACAAAAUUCCUGUUUGUGUAGAUCUAAGGAAGUAAUCUAAAGCAUCCAUGCCCAAUGGCCAUGUAGGGGUGGAGUGGGUGGUUUACUAGCACACUUAAAUAUAUGCACAGUAGACUCCUGGCUAUAAAGUUAACCCCUAAUUGCACUUAAUGCCUAUUAAAUAGAGAAACAAAGACAGCCAAACCUAGGCCAAAUAAUAAGAAGAAAAAAGUGGCUGAAAUACAACUAAUAAAUGAAAAUGCUUCCAGAGUAAUAUAUGAUGACCGCAAGUGUUGUACUUAUAAGAAUACUUCGGGUCACACAACAUUGGUAUACAUAGAUAAUGGAGUUUAACCUUUGGAGUUCUCACUAUAAAAAACAUUUUUCCAAAGGGCAUAAACUUUACACAAAAAUUUAACACAGUGGCACACCACUAUAUAAAUCCAACAAUAAAACCUAUUCCAACAUGUCAUUAAAGACCAGAUAAAUAUGCAAACAUAAAUACACAAUUACAAGAUCAACCGACUGGCAGUCCAAUAGUAUACAAUCCAAUUGUAUACAGAAUUAGUAGGGUGAAAAUGCAUACAUACAAUGAAUUGCAUACCAGCAGGCCUUAGAUUAAAAAAAAUAAAAAUAAAAAAAGGAGGGGAACAAAACAGAGGUCAUAACACAGAAUCAAUUAUUUUGUGUUUUUGGUAUCUGUUUAACCUGCCCAAGCAUUGGCAGAGAUCAUUGAGUGAUAGAGCUGCACACUGGAAACCAGUGCUGUGAUGGACAACAAGAAAGUAAAAUAACUUUUCAAAUUGUUGGUCCAGUCAACUAAACUGUGACUUGGGCAUUAUAGCGUUAGGAAUACAAAUGUGUAUUCCCAACGCUAUAGUGUUCCUUUUAAGUGUGUUACUGCCCUUUCUACCCGAUGAGGCCAUUGUGCAUAUAAUGGUUCAGAUAGAACUUCCUUAGACAAAGGAAACCUACACUAACAGGAUUUAUUCCUUUUAAUGUGCAUAUAUGGUUUUUGUGUUGUGUUGUGUUGUUUUUGUGUUGUGAACUUUAAUUCAUGGUAUUUAAAUAAAGGUUGUGUUCUAACUGAUUAAUGACAAGUUUUUGUACCACUACUUGUUCUCUUUUGAUCUAAAAUUUUACUUUGGGCAUAGACCCCUUCUUAUUUAGGUAGCUUCAAUGUGUUGUUGUGACUUUGACCUUUCACGUAUACAAUGUAAUAUAGUAGUUGGCCUUUGUUCUCCUUUCAUAAUCUCUACACAUAAUCUAUGUUGUAAUGUAAUUUGAAGCCAUUUGUUGGUUGGGGAAAAUAAACGAAUAUGUCUGCCUAUAUAGAUGAAGUAUCCAAAAUGAUGGCUGCACUCCUCGGUCUUCAUUAAAAUCCAAGUAACUUUAUUAGAUAUACAUUAAAAUAUAGAUCAACGUUUCAGCCCCACACUGGGCUUUCCUAAACCCAUAUAGAUGAAUAUACAUUUUAGCUGUGUUAUUCCAGUAAUACAGGUGUAAAAUAACAAUAAUUAAAAAUAAACUACACUUUAAUUGAAAUUCUAAUGCAGUCUCAAUCUAUAUAUCCUGUGAAAGAGCACAUUCAUUGGGGAAAAUAUGUUUAAAGAGAAACUUUAUUUAGUCCUCUGAGUGCACGUCAGUGGAUUUUGUACUUGGCUGGAGUUAAAAAGCACCAAGGCAAGUACACGUUUGUACAGAAAUCAGACAUUUUACCUGCUUCUGAAAUAAUGCAUGAACUAAUAUUUUACUGUGUCAAAACUGUUUUAGUAUCACUGCUUUAAUGCAUUAUGGAUGGAUUGAAAUGGGUGAUCAAGUGCCUUUAUUAUGUCAAAUAAUUUUUUUUUUUUUGUUUUUCCAACUUUUAUUGUUAUGAUUAGCAAACUGUUCUUAUUUGCCUUUUUACUUACAGCAAGAACGUUUAGAUAUCGAGGAGAAGUAUACAAGUUUACAAGAGGAGGCUCAGGGUAAAACUAAAAAACUAAAGAAAGUGUGGACUAUGCUAAUGGCUGCUAAGUCUGAGGUUAGUUAUGUUUAGCUCUGCUACCUUUUCUUGUUACAGGUUUACUUUGUAUUGUAUGUCUGUUUUGUAGGUUCAGUGGGAAAAUGAAUGGUUGUUUUGAUAAGGGAAGAGAGCAGGGUGUUUAUAUUUUUUUAUAAUUCCUUAUUUUUGUUCUGCAUGCUGAUGACACAAGUUGCACAAUAUACGCGAAGUAGCAAAAGAAAAGGUAACCAGAUACAAUACAUGUACAUAAACAAAAGCACUUUUUUUAAAUUUUUUUUUUUUUUUAAAGAAAGGUGUUAAGCAAGAUGGAGAUAGUGCAUUUGUAGGAGUAAGAUGUGUCAUUUGUACGAGAUUAGGUAGGUAAUAGGAUUCGCUGGCCCAUGCUUUGAAGGCAUGGCAUUUUCGACUAGUUCCCAGCUUUUGCAAGGGUGAGAUAGCUAUAUAGGAUACAUAAACAAGAUCUCUAGGCUGGAAGUGAGUGUUUGUGACAUAUUGCAGCUUAUUAAGGAUAGGCGCUAGAGUAUUGCAGUGCCCAGUUAUGCCUUCGUGGGCUGGGCAAUCGAUAUUGGUGGGGGGUAGCCGGUACCAAGAGGUUUUGGCGAUGCGUUUUGUAAUUUUAAUAAUUGGAUAGCAAUAUACAUUGUGAUACACUCACACUCUCUCUCUAUCUAUCUAUCUAUAUAAUAUGUGUGUGUAUGUAUGUAUAUGCCUGGAGCCCAUGCACCUUUAAACCUUACAAGGCUCUCUGGCUGACAGAACCCAGGCCCUCACAGGAGAUAUGGCUUAGAUGGAUGUUACACACGCCUUAGCCAUACAAGCAUUGAGCAGUUGCAACAAGCCAAGAGUGGUCAGCUGAUCCUUUCCUACAAUCACUGCUACCAUCACUGAUUGAGCUAAUACACAUCAGCCAGAUCUGCAAAGAGGGGAUCAGCUUUAGACAGAUUAGGACUCACAUGCAGUGUUAAACCAUUUUAUAACACUGUAACACUGAACAGAGGGACAGGGCCUAGAGUCUCCUGGCAUUAUAACCAUUUCUGUGAAUUGAAGUGGUUAUAGUGCAUAGUGUCACUUUAUGCACUGUAGAAUCUAGUACUGUUUGAUCAUUAGCAUUUUGCUCAUGAAUAAAAACUUAAGGUAUAACAGAAUUUAUUUUGUUUCAUCUUAUGUUAGAUGGCAGAUCUUCAACAGGAGCAUCAAAGGGAAACUGAAGGUUUGCUGGAAAACAUCAGACAACUGAGUCGAGAAUUGCGACUUCAGAUUAAUAUAAUUGAUAACUUCAUUCCUCAGGAAUAUCAGGUAUGUAUCAGGCAUAGCCAUUAUUAGAACAAUUAGAUUUUGUAUACUUUACUACAUAGAAAGUACUACUAGAAAGACAUUAACUGCUUUCAUUGAGAAUAAUAUCUUGGUUUUUAUACUAAUUAACUUCUUUAAAAUGUACCAUAUAUUCUACAAACUAUUUAGUUACAUUAAAUUCUUCUUUCUGAAAAGCUGCAAACCAAAUGUUUCAUUGACCCCCACAUUCCUCACAACUUAUUUUAUAUUUACGAUCAUUCAUGUUGUAAUAUAUAUAUAUAUAUAUAUAUAUAUAUAUAUAUAUAUAUAUAUAUAUAUAUAUAUAUAUAUAUAUAUAUAUAUAUAUAUAUAUAUAUAUACAGGGAAUGCAGAAUUAUUAGGCAAGUUGUAUUUUUGAGGAUUAAUUUUAUUAUUGAACAACAACCAUGUUCUCAAUGAACCCAAAAAACUCAUUAAUAUCAAAGCUGAAUAUUUUUGGAAGUAGUUUUUAGUUUGUUUUUAGUUAUAGCUAUGUUAGGGGGAUAUCUGUGUGUGCAGGUGACUAUUACUGUGCAUAAUUAUUAGGCAACUUAACAAAAAACAAAUAUAUACCCAUUUCAAUUAUUUAUUAUUACCAGUGAAACCAAUAUAACAUCUCAACAUUCACAAAUAUACAUUUCUGACAUUCAAAAACAAAACAAAAACAAAUCAGUGACCAAUAUAGCCACCUUUCUUUGCAAGGACACUCAAAAGCCUGCCAUCCAUGGAUUCUGUCAGUGUUUUGAUCUGUUCACCAUCAACAUUGCGUGCAGCAGCAACCACAGCCUCCCAGACACUGUUCAGAGAGGUGUACUGUUUUCCCUCCUUGUAAAUCUCACAUUUGAUGAUGGACCACAGGUUCUCAAUGGGGUUCAGAUCAGGUGAACAAGGAGGCCAUGUCAUUAGAUUUUCUUCUUUUAUACCCUUUCUUGCCAGCCACGCUGUGGAGUACUUGGACGCGUGUGAUGGAGCAUUGUCCUGCAUGAAAAUCAUGUUUUUCUUGAAGGAUGCAGACUUCUUCCUGUACCACUGCUUAAAGAAGGUGUCUUCCAGGAACUGGCAGUAGGACUGGGAGUUGAGCUUGACUCCAUCCUCAACCCGAAAAGGCCCCACAAGCUCAUCUUUGAUGAUACCAGCCCAAACCAGUACUCCACCUCCACCUUGCUGGCGUCUGAGUCGGACUGGAGCUCUCUGCCCUUUACCAAUCCAGCCACGGGCCCAUCCAUCUGGCCCAUCAAGACUCACUCUCAUUUCAUCAGUCCAUAAAACCUUAGAAAAAUCAGUCUUGAGAUAUUUCUUGGCCCAGUCUUGACGUUUCAGCUUGUGUGUCUUGUUCAGUGGUGGUCGUCUUUCAGCCUUUCUUACCUUGGCCAUGUCUCUGAGUAUUGCACACCUUGUGCUUUUGGGCACUCCAGUGAUGUUGCAGCUCUGAAAUAUGGCCAAACUGGUGGCAAGUGGCAUCGUGGCAGCUGCACGCUUGACUUUUCUCAGUUCAUGGGCAGUUAUUUUGCGCCUUGGUUUUUCCACACGCUUCUUGCGACCCUGUUGACUAUUUUGAAUGAAACGCUUGAUUGUUCGAUGAUCACGCUUCAGAAGCUUUGCAAUUUUAAGAGUGCUGCAUCCCUCUGCAAGAUAUCACACUAUUUUUGACUUUUCUGAGCCUGUCAAGUCCUUCUUUUGACCCAUUUUGCCAAAGGAAAGGAAGUUGCCUAAUAAUUAUGCACACCUGAUACAGGGUGUUGAUGUCAUUAGACCACACCCCUUCUCAUUACAGAGAUGCACAUCACCUAAUAUGCUUAAUUGGUAGUAGGCUUUCGAGCCUAUACAGCUUGGAGUAAGACAACAUGCAUAAAGAGGAUGAUGUGGUCAAAAUACUCAUUUGCCUAAUAAUUCUGCACUCCCUGUAUAUGUGUGUGUGUUUAAUUUGGAAACUUUGGACCAGCAGGAAAUGUCAGCUUAUCUCAAAUAGAUAAUGAAGGACUAGGGUGGGAGGUAAGGAAACAUUUGGUUUGGAUUUUGUGCCGAAAUUCUGUUGUGGAGUGUACCCUGGUAAGACAUUAUUAUUGCCAAGUGAUAAAAACACACAAUUGGGUCAGCGCUCACUAACAAAGAAUAAUAAACAACAAGGCAGCAACCCUAAGAAGGUGAUCCCUCUCAACCCUUCAAAAUAACACAAGAAAAAAAGAGAGAAGGGCUGUGCCACAUAGAAUUGAACAGAUAGUACUGAAAAGUCUCAUCCCAACAAUGCAAGUUGUCACAUAUAAAGAUGUCUCUUAUCAAGAGGUAGAUGCAGCUGUAGUUGCCAAGUUCUUUAUGCUUGGGGGAUGUGGUAGAUCUGAGUGUCUUUAGUCUCCGUAUGUGGAUAGAAAAAGACAAGGCAACCUAAUAGUGCAAUAUGUCAGAGCUUAGUGUGACAGUAUGUUAAUAAUAGGUAUCUUGCUAUGACCAGCUCUAGUGUAUAUCGCAUACAGUGGUACAAUCCCCACUUAUAGAAUAUUGUGAGGGUCGUUCACAACAGAUGGGUGUCCAGGUACUCCGAAAGGGAAUAAAAAUAGCCACAAAUAGUGCUCUCAGUAAAAUAGCAAAAUUGUAUAAAAUUAAUCAAAAUUAUACUCACGAGUAGAGCAGGCUCACUGCUCUAUGAUGAUAGCGCUAGUGGUAUGAUCCCCACCUGGGAUAUUGUUGUGAGUAGAGAUGAUAAAGAUGAUACCAAAAAAAAGAUAAAAAUGCCAGGAAGUAUACAUUUUAAAAUAAGUAGUUAAAAUGCAAAGGUGAUGGCACAAUAGACUAUUGUGUUAACCAAAAUCCUUUAUUUAAUAAAAUGCAAAGUAAUAUCCAUAACGCGUUUCACCAAUAUAGGCUUUUUCAAAUGGAAUAAAAAAACAUACACCCUGGCUAGUUGGAGUUUAUAUAGGGGAAAAGCAAUUUAAAAUUGGCGCCAAAAUGACAUCAUAGGCUGUCCUCCAAUCAGCAAACAUCGUUGGUGUUUACAAUAUAAAUAUGACCGACAGUGAUAUGUCUUAAUAGAUAUUUACAUAUAGACUAAUAAUAUAGUAUUUAAAGGGACACUAUAGUCACCAGAACAACUGCAGCUUGUGGAAUUUGCUUUGGUGAGUAGAAUAAUUACCUUCAGGCUUUUUGCUGUUAACACUGUCCUUUCAGAGAAAAUGCAGUGUUUACAUUACAGCCUAGUGAUAACUUCACUGGCCACUCCUCAGAUGGCUUUUAGAGAUCCUUCCUGGGUCAUGGCUGCCUAAAAUGCAUCCAAACAUUCAGUGUCUCCUUCCUCUGCAUGCAUUUACUGAACUUUCCUCAUAGAGAUUCAUUGAUUCAAUUCAUCUCUAUGAGGAGAUGCUGAUAGGCCAGGGCUGUGAAUUGUGAAUUGAAUUGUGCUGGCUCUGCCCUUGAUCUGCCUCCUUAUCAGCCAUUCCUAUGGUGAAGCAUUGUGAUUGGAUCAGUUCACCACUUCUGAUGAUAUCAGAGGAAGUUCAGAGGCAGCAGCUUCAGACUUGAAUACAUGUAAGAUUUUACUAUCUUUAGUGCGGCAAAGGGGGCUAAGAGGGCUAGAUAGUGGUUUUAACACUAUAGGGUCAGGAAUACAUGUUUGUGUUCCUGACCCUAUAGUGCUCCUUUAACUGUAAAAACGAGCAUGUAAUAGGUAGUAUCGGCUAUUUGAAGCCAGAGCACGUGACGUGUGUCACGUGCAUGUACUAGUUUCCCGGCCUCUAAGCUUAAUGGGAAAUGUAGUUCUUGAUGUAGUAGUUGCGAUGUCGGCAAGAAACUGAUAUUUGUCGACAUCAGAAUACAGUUUAAUUGGGAACAUUGAGUGCAGGGUCACAGAACUAAAGGGCUAGAUAAAGUUAAACUAACAUGCUGAUAAAAAUGAGUAAAUAAUGUAAAAUUAUCGCGGUGGCCAUCUUGGUUGAGGAAGAGGGUGAUGGCAGGGGUCAUCUUAAGGGGAAGUAAACUUGGCGGCCAUAUUUAGGGGGGAACAUCCCUAAUAAUUAUUAAAGAAAUACUUUAUCAUGCAUAAUAGUGAAGAAAAAAAGUAUAUGAAAGAAUUAAAUUAAAAUAGCUAGAAUUUUUUUUUUUUUUUUUGUCUUCUGUGUGUAUGUAGCUAAAUAGCAGAGAAAACGUUCUAAAAUCUUAAUAUGGAUUAAUAAAUUAAUAGUCCUUCAACUACAUGUAUCUUAAAACAGGUAAUGUGAACAGUGACCAGGAUCUUAAAAACUCCACAAUAAGGCUAAGCUACGAGGUAUCAGUAAAGUGUAACAGAAAAACUGAGUGGAAGUGGUUAUGGUAGGGGUGUUCCUAAUCUCAAUGCUGUAGGAUAAACAACUGUGAUCAGAACACCCCUAAGAUAACAACGAAAUAGUCCCAGGGAGGUGCUGAUUGAAAAGAUGUAUCAGCUAAAUGCAUCAGUUAUCACAUAUAUCUCCGCAAUUGUAAUUAUAACAAUAAAUAAUCUAACCAACAUAGUAAGGUAUAAAUACAAACAAUAGUCAGCACAUACUAUAAUUAAAAUAGCCUAAUGUAUUGGCUAAGGGUUAUGUAAUAUAGUAGAGGAUAGAUAACGGGAAUAUAUAUAUACAAUGUGGAUAGGGAGAGGAAAGGUUACAUGAAAUGAAACAAAUCAAUGGUUUAAAUGCAAAGGGAACAUAAAAAAUAUCCUUGGUAAAUCGAAAAUGGAAUGGGUGUUUAAUUUACAGACGCUCGCCCCUAAUGUUUCUGAGUACCUGGACACCCAUCUGCUGUGAACGACCCUCACCAUAUCCCAUAAGUGGGGAUUGUACCACUUUAUGUGAUAUACACUAGAGCUGGUCAUACAGAGCUCUUUUACAUUGAGUGCAAUAUCACUAUUAUUAACAUACUGUCACACUAAACUGUGACAUAUUGCACUAUUAGGUUUCCUUGUCUUUUUCUAUCCACAUACGGAGACUAAAGACACUCAGAUCUACCACAUUCCCCAAGCAUAAAGAACUUCACAACUACAGAAGAAGAAGUAAGUAGAAGUAUACAUCAGGGUGUUGCAGUGGAUGUGAUCUACUUGGAUUUUGCCAAGGCAUUUGAUACGGUUCCUCACAGUAGGUUAGUCUUCAAACUAAAAGAAAUUGGUCUAGAUGAAUAUUCUUGUUCUUGGGUAGAAUAUUGGCUUAAGGAUAGAGUACAACGAGUUGUCAUUAAUGGUAAAUUUUCAAGCUGUGGUGUCCCCCAGGGUUCUGUUUUGGGACCACUUCUAUUUAACAUAUUUAUAAAUGAUCUUGAAAUAGGCAUUGAAAGCCAUGUAUCAGUGUUUGCAGAUGACACAAAACUUUGUAAAGUAAAAUGUGAGCAGGAUAUUGCUUUGCUGCAGAUGGAUUUGGAUAGAUUGGGGGACUGGGCACUAAAAUGGCAGAUAAAAUUUAACGUAGAGAAAUGCAAAGUUAUGCACUUCGGGGUUAAGAAUGCACAAGCAACUUACACACUAAAUGGUAGUGAAUUAGGGAUAACCACACACAAGAAGGAUUUGGGAAUUGUUAUAGACAACAAAUUAGGCAGCAAUAUGCAAUGUCAAUCUGCAGUUGCUAAGGCCAGUAAGGUUUUGUCAUGUAUAAAUAGGGGCAUAAAUUCUCGGGAUGAAAAUAUAAUUUUGCCUCUUUAUAAAUCGCUGGUAAGACCACACCUUGAAUAUGCUGUGCAAUUUUGGGCGCCUGUUCUAAAGAAAGUUAUCAUGGCACUAGAAAAAGUCCAGAGACGAGCUACAAAAUUGAUAAAAGGAAUGGAGCAUUUUAGUUCUGAAGAAAGCGCUUCAGACUAGGUUUUUUGCCUUCUUUUGGAUCAACAGCAAAAAACAUAUGUGAGGAAGGCUGAACUUGAUGGAUGCAAGUCUCUUUUCAGCUAUGUAACUAUCUAUGUACAGCUGCAUCUACCUCUUGAUAAGAGACAUCUUUAUAUGUGACAACUUGCAUUGUUUGGGUGAGACUUUUCAGUACUAUCUGUUCAAUUUUAUGUGGCGCAGCCCUUCUCUCUUUUUUUUUCUUGUACCUGUAUGUUGCCAGACCCAUUCAGUUUGCCAGGGGAUUUGUAAGUGCUUUUCGUGUCCCCCUCACCUUGUAUUCUUUCUCUAUAAGCUGACAAUGAAACACUGCACACUGGUUUGUACUCUACAGUAUUGAAUGAAACCAUUGUAGUGCAGAGCUUCACACAAAUAUCAUUCAUCUCUUAACACCUCAGCAUGGCAGCUGAGUUAGACAUAACCCCGUUGUCUGACAUAUAAGGCCCAUUUAUGUGGCCUGGGCUUUUUCUUCUUCAAAAUGGAGGCCUAUAAUUGAGUCCAUGUGUGUAAUAAAUGUUUAAAGGACCACGCUAGGCACCCAGACCACUUCAGCUUAAUGAAGUGGUCUGGGUGCCAGGUCCCUCUAACCCUUUUUUUUUUUUAAAUAAACAUAGCAGUUUCAGAGAAACUGCUAUGUUUAUAAUAGGGUUAAUUCAGCCUCUAAAGCCUCUAGUGGCUGUCUCACUGACAGCCGCUAGAGGCGUUUGCGUGCUUCUCACUGUGAAAAUCACAGUGAGAAGACGCCAGCUUCUAUAGGAAAGCAUUAUGAAUGCUUUCCUAUGAGACAGGCUGAAUGCGCGCGCAGCUCCUGCCGCGCAUGCGCAUUCAGCCGGAGAGGAGGAGGAGAGCUCCCCGCCCGGCGCUGGAAAAAAGGUAAGAUUUAACCCUUUCCUCGCCAUCCAGCCUGGCGGGAGUGGGACCAUGAGGGUGGGGGCACCCUCAGGGCACUAUAGUGCCAGGAAAACGAGUAUGUUUUCCUGGCACUAUAGUGGUCCUUUAACUCGCAAGUUGGAAUAAACUUGGAAUUAAUAAUAUUAAUAACUAAAAAUAAUAAUAAGUCACAGUCCACACUCUUUGCUUUCAGCAAUUCAAUAAUAUUUAUUAAUAGAGGCUAAUUAAACAAAUAAACAAUAUAUAUACAUUUGAAAUAGGCUAGUAGUAUAUGUUGCUACUAAACCUAAUCAUUGACUGAAUGAAAAGUAGGCUAAAUUAACAUAGUAAAACAGGCAUAGACACGUGAUACAGUUACCACUCCAUUGAUCGUCAGCUGAGAGUAAGAGAGGGGAGAGGGAAUAGGGUGAGAGAGUGUGGGGAGAGUGGAGAGAGAAGACAAAGAGAGGUAAUUCAAAGAGACAGAGAAUGUGCUAUUCACAGGGCUUUAAACAGGUUAGCCCCUCCUUCUGCCUCUCCCCUUCACCUCCCUCAGUCAAUCCCUUAGGAUCUAACAGAACCAGAGUGCCUCCUGGUGGAAGAGGGAUUGCAUUGGAAGGGAAUGGAGGAAGGGUUUAUCAACAACCCAACUGAUUUUGCCUGGUGAAAGGCCAUGUGCUUCACAGAGGACUCCAUUAUUGCCUAAGAGUAGAUUGGGGCUUGAAUCCCUGUAUUAGAACACAAUGACACUUCAUUUGCGUACAGUUUGGCUGUUAAUCACAUCCCCCCCCCCCCCACUUAUUACAAUGUGGUAUUAAAAAAUUAUUUUGUUGGUUGACCAGAUGGCAUAUGACUGCUCUAGUCAGAGACUAUAUGUAGCGGAGAUGCAAUAUUCCCCAGGUUGUCUCCGCUUAUAAUCCAAGUGAGGCUCAGGAACAAGUAAAUAAUAAAUCCAUAGGCAAAGUUUCCAGCAGGUAAAAUAACAGCAAUCUCCCCACAGCAAUCCCAAUAACUGGACGACACACAGUUUCAGGAGCAGAACUGACAAGCCUUUAAUCACAGUCUCCUUAUAAAGCAUGCUCCCAUGCAAGGGAGGGAUUUACAGUAAUUAUUACAGUAGCCAAUCCUGUCCUGGUAACCUCCCACACAUCUCCUCCCCUCAGCCAGCAUCAUAAUCCCCUUAUCCAGUACACCAAUUCCCCCCGUUUCUGGAUGUACCCCUAAACGUAGGGGUACCUCUUUAAAUCCUACAUCCCCUGGUAGCCCUGAUCUGGGUGAACAACAUAUCCAAAAACCACCCAGAUCAGACCAGGGGUUCGGGAAAAGUAUGGAGGGAAUAAAAUGACCGACCGCACGAACUGAGAUAGCCGAAUUCGGUUCCAUGUGAAUGGGCCCUGCGGUCGGUCCUGGCAUAAGGGAAUAAAAUACACGAAAACCUCUAGCUAUAGAGGCUAGGGAGGGUUCGCCUGAAUCCCCUCGUUCGGUAUUCUCUAUCUACCGAACGAGGGGCCGUUCGGUAGUUUGGAACCGAACGGACCAGGGCUGUGGAGGUCUCAGCGGUGUUCGCCUACUCGAGUGUCCGAUUUUAGUUCCAGACACUCGACGGCUAAACACCGCUGUUCGGGAGUUUUAAAAUGGCCGCCGCCACGUGUUCGUUUGUCGAAUGGCGGCCACCCCCGAGAACAAAGGACGGCUACUUACUGUUCAAUUACCCGUUCGCAACAAUGUUGCAACGGGUAAUUGAGGACACACUUCACACAGGGGAGGUCUGGUUGUUCGGUAGUUUCAUUCGAAUAAACUAAGGGAACGAAACUACCGAACAAUCACAAGAAUACAAGGCUUUAAAACACAUAGGAAACUAACAGAUCACACGAAUGCAAUUAUUUCACAGACAUUUGCAGGACAGCCCAGUGCCAUCCGCUACACUAUAGAUUAUCUUUUUUUUUUUUUGUGAACUUUGUCUAGUUCAGAACAAGCAGAUGUGUUUGUCAGAAAUGAAAGUUUAUUAAUUUUAAUUCCCAUAACAUGUAUUCUUUGUCAAUCUAUCUUUAAGGAAAUGAUUGAAAAUUAUGUUCAUUGGAAUGAAGAUAUUGGAGAGUGGCAGUUGGUAAAUACAUUUCUAUUAUUAUCAAUAAUUGUACAUUUUGUCUUUUAAGACAUUAACAUUCUUUUUUAAUUUUAUUUGUUAGAAAUGUGUGGCAUACACUGGAAACAACAUGAGAAAACAGACACCUGUACUAGACAAGAAAGAAAAGGAUGUAAGGCAAAUGUAACCUUUAUUAUUAUCCCUGCAGUGCAUGAACAAUGUAGAGCAACCAUGUCAGAAUGAUUCAUUUACCUUUUAGUAUUGGAUCUGAAUCACCCAACUAUGCAUAAGGCCACAUUUUUUUUGCAAUAUUCAUGAUUGAUAAUGUUUAGGUGCGUCAUAAUAUUAGAUUGUCUGUGUAUAUUGUGACUUCCUGAUACUUGGUCAUGUCUGUUUAUAGCCUCUCAAUUGAGAUGUUUUGGGAAGUGUGGAUUGUGUCCUAUCAUGCUUUGUAAUGAGAGAGAGAGAGGUAAUGAGGCACAUCAGGGGGAGGAGAGGACCACUAAGGGAGGGGGCCACUAAAGGACAGGCAGGCGGGAGGGAGAGGAGAGAUACACUAAGGGCCCGGGAGGGGAGAGGUACACUAAGGGCCCGGGAGGGGAGAAGUACACUAAAUAGUUUUGAAAACAUAAAAAAAUCUGACUGGCUUGUAUAUUUUGUGCAUUUACCACUUAUUAAAAAAAAUUGCAAAAAUAAAGAAUAAACAUGUUCAGUUAACAGUAGAUUUGUGUAGAAAUUAUUUAUUUUUUCAAAAUGGUAAAUGUACAGAAUAUCGGUAUCCGUAAGUUAUCGGCUAAUGGCCUGAUAGUUCACAGAUUAUCGAUAUCGGCUCUAAAAAAAUCAAUAUCGGUCGAUCCCUAUUUUUUAUGGCCUUGUGGAAAGGUGUGUUGACUAGGCUGAAGUGGAGUCCUUUAUAGGCAAAUUUCCAGUUGGGUGCUUAAACAAUUGGACUCCAUUUUGAACAUGUUUUCUGAUGAGAUACACAACCUUAGUAGGUGUUAAUGGUUUAACAACCUCUAUCAUUUGCACUAUUUCAUACUUACAAACAUCAGAUUAUGCUCAUGAUUAAGGUGGAGCGACCUUUGGAAUUAGUGUCCUAUUGGAAUAGAUUAUAGUUUCCUCAGUAGAACAAAAGGGACCUCAUCAAACAUAAAUAUGUUCAUUUUAUCAAAUGUAUUCGUUGUAUCCUCAGGUUAAACAGCUGUGUAAUGGUCACAGAGAAGAUGUCUGCUUAAGCUGUGUAUAAGUGAAGACAAAUGGAUGAAUCACAUCACAAUACGUUGUAUAAUUGUAUCUAUUUUACUUUCAGCCAUUUGAGGUAGAUUUGUCUCAUGUAUAUUUGGCUUACACGGAGGAGAGUCUUCGUCAAUCUUUAAUGAAGUUGGAGCGACCAAGAACAUCAAAAUCAAAAUCAAGACCUAAAACUGGAAGAAGGUGCUUAAUAUUCUAUGGCAAUUCUUUGGAUUGUUUUUUUUUUGGUUUGUUUUAUUACAUUUUAUAUGCAUUUUAAAUAAAUAUGGUAUACUAAAAAAUGCCAACACUUUUGGAGAAUUCUGGAAUUCUGUUACACAGACCAUGGGUUUGUACUGGUGUGCUUAACACAAUAGGGCCAUGUGGUGUAACUGAAUCUCCAUAAUUGUUUGCUAAGAUAGAUGAUAUUAAAUGGCCUUUUAAAAUUUAUGUGCGUGCACAGUUUUAAUUUCUUAAGGAUGGCGGGCGUUCUAUGCAGUCCUGGUGGGGGCGGUCCACAACAGGACAUCCCUGUCAUCCUUAAUACUUACCAGGUCCCUGCUGGCAGUCACGAUUCUGGGGACUGCCUGGAUGCCCAGGUAGUCACCCUGGAAGAAAGUUUUCAAAAGUUAAUAAAAGUUUUAAAACGGUUUAUAAAUUCAAUAAAAAGUACUUAGAAUAUAUACAUAUAUAUUAUUAAAAAUGUAUUUUAAUAUUAUUUUUUAGUAGCCGCAAACACUGGCCAAAAUUAGCGUUCAAUUUAGUUUUUUUGCACUUUUCACACACAAACAAAUAUAAACAAAUAUAUGCAAUAUAAUAAUAUAUUACUGGAUUCACUGAAAAGUUUUGGGGUGUAGGAACUUGUUUAGGAGACAAUAGAAUUGGUCAGUUUCUUUAUCAUGUGUGCCAUUUAAAAACUCUGCAUAUUUCUGUUUUUGUAUUUAACAGGAAACGCUCCGGAAAACCAGAAGCUGGGAUCGACUCCUUGCUCCAGUAACAUGACCAGGCAAUGGCUUAAUCAUUGAUAUGGCAGGGAACCUAAACCUGUAUUAUGCAUCUGAAUGUGGUUUAUGUUAUAGGAUGGAACAAUACCUUGUGCAUUGAGCAAGAACCUUAUUACUAUUGAAUUGCUUGACUCAUAUUCUACUUAAAUGUCAUGUUUUUUAUGUUUACACCUGUUUUUUUUUUUUUUAUAGGGUUCAGUUCAUCACGUUAUGAAACCUCAUUGAUGACCAUGUUAAAUGGGAAAACACUAUGUUGGAUUUUAGUUUUUCUGUAAAUAUAUUUGUCUUCUUAUUAGGAGGAUUUAGUAAGAAAAUUGAUUAUUGAAACAGUUGCCCUUGAUAUUUAAUUUUCUGUAAAACAAUGUGUCCAAAUGUACAGAUCUUUUUAAUGUAAUUUGUUGAUUGUUUAAAGAAUUGUCUCCUUUUCGGUCCCCCCAUUACAUAUUGCAUGUUGUCUGUGUUACAGAUGUGAAGGAAUUCAAUGAUUCACCGAUGACAUGUCAGGACUGUCAUUAUUCAAAGUUUGUGACUUCCCUCUUAAAGUGUUAGAAGAGCUCUCACUUUCUAGUAAUUUUAAAGGAGCACUCUGUUAGGAAUACAAAUCUCUAUUACUAACGUUAGUGUUUUCCAAACUAUUUAGAUUUAUGCUCCCCUUAACCCCUUAAGGACACAUGACAGAGAUACUCCGUCAUGAUUCCCUUUUAUUUCUGAAGUUGUGUCCUUAAGGGGUUUAAUAAAAGUUUAUUUACAUUUAUGGCAUGCCGGUCUACUUGCAGCUGCAAUCAACACUUUCAGCAUUUCCUCAUUGAAGUGUAUCAUUACGGAGAGUGCUGAGCAUCUUCACGGAGAGCAUUUAGACAACAAGCAUCAGUAAUGCAAACAUUGCAUUAUCACUACAGGAAGCCCUACUAGUUGCUAUCCGAGUGACCGCAACUACAGGUGGCAUUAGAAUGCAAUGUGUAAUCACUGCAUUUACUCAUAAUUGCUGAGAAUGCAAGGACAGGCUGCAUAAAAAAAAAACACUACACUAAGCUCCAAUGUAUUUGGUGCUGGGAGUGUCCCUUUAAUAUUAUGUUUAUCUAUCCAUAUAUUUAACAAAUAUUUUUAUGUAUGGGUGAAAAAUGUAUCUGAAUGUAGAAAUCCACACCUCCAUAUUAAUCAUUGUUACAAGCUCUGUUCUUUGCACCUAGCAGUAUGCAUAUGAAAGCAUAGAGAGAAGAGGAUAAAUGAAACUGUUUUCUUCCUCCUACGUAUUUGCAAUGUUUGAAUCUUGUCUUUACAGUGGUUUUACUGUGUCUGAAAUGGAGUAUGAUGUGAUUUGUUAACUCAUUCAUAUAAAUAAAAAAAAAAAAAAGGUUCAUCUCAUGAAAAAAGGGUAACACAAAUUACAGGUGAUUUUUCACUGUUUUAACAUGUCCCCUUUAAGUCAACUUUUGCCACCAAUGUUAAUCGGCCAGAAAUUUAUACUGAAAUGUUUCAUCAUACAGACUUUUUGUGAACAUGUUGGCAAAUCAUUGCUACAAAAUCACGAAAACAUUCAGUGCAUAUAUUUAGAACUCCAACCCUCUUGUUUAAUUGUAAACAUUAUUUGUUGGUGAUCUGGCAGUUUCAAAUUAAUUCCUUCUUUUCAUCUGCUCUGAAGAUGGAUUUAAAUUUCUAGUCAUCUGCCCUUUGUGGUAUCAGGUCAAUAUGAACAUCAAUGCCUAUAAGUGGGGGGAAAAAGUUUAAAUGGUCCAUUUUAUUUCCAUGUAUUCAAUUUAAUCAGGUUAUUUGAGUUGUAAAGGGAGAGAACAUUGCUUCUUCCUAAAUUGACAGGUUUGUUACACUGGUGUCCUGACUGUUUAAUCUGCAUUGGGUUUCACCGUAACUAUAUGUAAUACAUAUUUACUGAGGAAUUCCUAUGAACAAAUUAACAAUGAAUAAAUUUUAAAAAUAUGUUACAAAA